ACCUCUCUCUACUCUGUGUCCUCCAGGUGGAUGGAGGCGUGUCUGGAUGAGGAGCUCCCUCCCACCACAGAGCUGGAGGAGGGGCUUAGGAACGGGGUGUACCUGGCCAAACUGGGCAACUUCUUCGCACCACGAACCGUCUCCAUCAAGAAGAUCUACGACCGCGAGCAGACCCGCUACAAGGUGAGGACUGAGGAGAUGCGCUGCAGACUGUAACACACACAGGCGCAACCAGACGCACGCACGCGCGCACACACACACACACACACACACACACACACACACACACACACACACACACACACACACACACACACACACACACACACACACACACACACACACACACACACACACACACACACACACACACACACACACACACACACACACACACACACACACACACACACACACACACACACACACACACACACACACACACACACACACACACACACUCCAGAUAAGUGCAGUUCAAAGGGAUAAAGAUGUUAUUCUAUUCAGUCAGUUAACAGAGGAGGCAAACUCCCUUUUGCCCAACCCACCUAACUCACACUAGACUAUCCAUCAAGGUGUAGGGGCAAGUAGCUGUUAGAGCACGGCGCUUGUAACGCCAAGGUAGUGGGUUCGAUCCCCGGGACCACCCAUACACAAAAAUGUAUGCACGCAUGACUGUAAGUCGCUUUGGAUAAAAGCGUCUGCUAAAUGGCAUAUUAUUAUUAUUAUUUUACACUGAUCUGGGGUCAGUUUUGCAUUUUCACCAUAAUUGGGGGAGGCGAAGCUGAUCCUAGAUCUGUAUUUAGGGAAAACUUCACCCCGGAGCGCCUCUCAAUGCCACGAGGAACAGACCCACAUCAAUGGUCCUAUUCAAUCAAAACAGGUUGACUUAAGUUAAAUGACCAAAAACAGACAUUGUUAUUGCACUGCAAGAAUGCGCCCAAGAAAUCCCCCAUCUCUAGUCUUACCUUUGAAAUGUUUUAGUAGAAUAGGACAGGCUUGGUUUACUCCAUGGGGAAGGAAUGAAUGACGUGUUUGUUUAUGUCUGUCACUGUGUGUAUUACUGUAACUGUAAUUGCUUGUUUGUUUAUGUGAGUGCAUGUCAGUGUGUGAAUGCAUGUCCAUAUGUGUCAGUGUGAGUGCAUGUCCGUGUGUGAAUGCAUGUCCAUAUGUGUCAGUGUGAGUGCAUGUCCGUGUGUGUCAGUGUGAGUGCAUGUCCGUGUGAGUGCAUGUCCGUGUGUGUCAGUGUGAGUGCAUGUCCGUGUGAGUGCAUGUACGUGUGUGUCAGUGUGAGUGCAUGUCCGUGUGUGUCAGUGUGAGUGCAUGUCCGUGUGAGUGCAUGUCCGUGUGUGUCAGUGUGAGUGCAUGUCCGUGUGUGUCAGUGUGAGUGCAUGUCCGUGUGUGUCAGUGUGAGUGCAUGUCCGUGUGUGUCAGUGUGAGUGCAUGUCCGUGUGUGUCAGUGUGAGUGCAUGUCCGUGUGUGUCAGUGUGAGUGCAUGUCCGUGUGAGUGCAUGUCCGUCGUGUGAGUGCAUGUCCGUGUGUGUCAGUGUGAGUGCAUGUCCGUGUGUGUCAGUGUGAGUGCAUGUCAGUGUGAGUGGGUGUCACAUUGUAACUCACUGUGUGUGUGUUUCAUUCCUGCAGGCCACUGGGCUUCAUUUUAGACAUACAGACAACGUCAUCCAGUGGCUCAACGCCAUGACCGAGAAGGGUCUACCAAAGGUGAGUGGUGGGCUUACAGACACACAGACAUAGCAAUCACUGUGUUCUCUAACAAUACCAGGGAAGGGUAUUUCCCCCUGUACCACUCCUGUGUAACAAGCUGGGUCUUGCCUGGAUCCCACACCCAGUCUCUGACUACUGAACCCUCAGCCCUGGGUCACGUUCAAUAGGAACGAACGGAAGAGAAUGUUUUGAAACAUUCACAUUCUUAUUGGACAAGUCCUGGUAAUAUGUAAUUAAUUUCCUAAUGUUUUAGCAUGUUUCGUGCCUAAUGAAGAUGUCCGUCUGUCCUCAGAUCUUCUAUCCAGAGACUACAGACAUCUACGACAGGAAGAACAUGCCGCGCUGCAUCUACUGCAUACAUGCUCUCAGGUACACACACACACACACACACACACAAUGAAUUGGAAUUGCUAUACAUUUUCUGACUACUCUAGGAAAAUGAUUUAUCACAAACCAGACAAAUCUGGUCUUUCUCCAUCUGGUCUGUUUGCUUUAUUUUCCUAUUAAAAUGAUAUUAAACCCAACCCUGAUCUGCCUCUUAGUUGAGGUUGGAAAUAUGUGUGUACAACAAUGCUACCUGAACUCUCACAGAAAAGUCACAAUAGACAAAUUGUCUAUUGGAAUACUUGUGAGAAAUGGUCCUACUCAAUACCGCCGGUAUGUGAAGGUGAAAAUGUAGCCUGGGUUUGUACAUGUUUAUGCUCAGGAUUAGGUUUUUGGGAACCUGACACGUUUACGAGGUGAACGGUACGGUUUUGGACUGGUGAGGUGUUCAGCACCAAGGAGGAAAACUCCAACCGCCUUAGCCUAACGAUGGUAGAGUUCACGGCCCAAAUGGCACCCUAUUCACUAUAAAGUGCACUACUUUACACCAGAGCCCUAUUGGAUGGCAGCCAUGGUCCCCUAUUGGCUCUGGUCAUUUGGGACGCAGCCAGAGUCUGUGUUAAUAGAACAUUCCAGCUGCAUGUAAAAUGGAUGCUGAGCCUGUUCAGUCCAGAGGCUGGAAAUCUACUGAUCUACGUCCAAAUGGCACCAUAUUGCCUUUGUAGUGCACAAUAUAGGGAAUAGAGUGCCGUUUGGGAAGGGUCCUUAGCCUUUAGAGUCAGGAAGUCAACACUACACAACAGGACUGGGUGACAGGGUAGCAGAGGGGGGGAGGAGGUGUGUGUGUGUGUGAGACCUCCAGCUCCAGGCCACGCUAGAUGACUUUACAAUGCCUUCUGGCCCCCUCCCCAGGUGGCACACACAUGCCAGAACACAGCUCCAACAACAUGUUUAUGGCUUACGCUUAACAUCCAAUAGUUUGUAAUGUACACUAGAGGCCCAGAGUGUGUGUGAUGCUACUUUCCUCUCAAGAUGGCCAUCAUUCCAAAGCUCAAACCCACAGUCUGUAAAGGCCUCUCAUGUUGGCCAUCAUUCCAAAGCUCAAACCCACUGUCUGUAAAGGCCUCUCAUGUUGGCCAUCAUUCCAAAGCUCAAACCCACUGUCUGUAAAGGCCUCUCAUGUUGGCCAUCAUUCCAAAGCGCAAACCCACUGUCUGUAAAGGCCUCUCAUGUUGGCCAUCAUUCCAAAGCUCAAACCCACAGUCUGUAAAGGCCUCAUGUCUCCUGUGGAAGUGGCUGUUCUUUCCUGGCUCUGUUGUAAUCCCCUUUCCUCUUCCUCCUUGUUCUCUUCUCUCAUUCUCUCUCUUCCAUCUUCUCUCUUUUCCAUCUUCUCUUCCAUCUCUGUUUCCCCUUCCUCCAUUUCUCCUUACCACCUCAUCACUCGAUCUCUCUCUCUCUCUCUCUAGUUUGUACCUGUUCAAGCUGGGUCUAGCCCCUCAGAUCCAGGAUCUGUAUGGCAAGGUGGAUUUCACAGGUGAGUGUGUCCCAAGACCACACAGAAUUCAAUAUUCUUUCACUCAACUCAUUCAGUUUGCCAUUGUCCAUUUUGUUGUUUUAACGUCAAACAGUAAACACGACCAACAUAACAUCACUGUUACACAUAUGAUGUUAAACAUGAUUUGUGGUCCUCUGUGGCUCAGUUGCUAGCCAAGGUCGUGUGUUCAACUCCCGCAGGGAUCCCAUACACAUACGAAACAUGGAUACACUCACUGUACUGUAAGUCACUUUGGAUAAAGUGUCUUCUAAGUGGCAAACAAGCAUAGUGUUGGCUCCAGUCCUGAGUUCCAGUUCCACAGGGAAAGGUUUUUCCAGGCAGCUAGCGACAAUGUGAAAGUCAUUAGUGAUUGUGAGUGUUUCCUGUUGCUGCUCUGUUCUACUCUGUCUGCCAAGCUCCCGACCAGGGGUAUAUUUUUAUCACACUCAGGCCAGGAACAAUAACUGUCUCCUGUCUGUGUUUAGCCUCUAAUAUACAGUUAGCCUACUAUUUACAGUAUGAAGGGUACUUUACUCCAUUAUGUACAGUGUUUGGUUCCAACCUAGCACUAAAAAGUCUGAUUCUACUAAUUGCAUACUCAAGAGAUAAUUAGUAGAAUCUAUAAUCUACAGUUUGAAGGGUACUGUACUUUAGCCAGUGUGGUCCAGGGUGUGCAGGGUGUGGUUCCAACCUAGCACUAAAAAAUGUGAUUCUAAUAUGAUACUAAUGACCUAAUCAUCAAGACGUUUAUUAGCUGAAUCAUGUGUUUGGGUGCAGAGCUGGAACAAAAGCCUACACACUGUCUAGUGCUCCAGGACCAGAGUUGGUUGUCACUACCUUGGCCAUUACCUCCACCAAGCUCUCUCUACAGCCUCUAGCCUCAGUCUUAGCCAAGCUCUCUGUCCAGCCUCUAGCCUCAGUCUUAGCCAAGCUCUCUGUCCAGCCUCUAGCCUCAGUCUUAGCCAAGCUCUCUCUCCAGCCUCUAGCCUCAGUCUUAGCCAAGCUCUCUGUCCAGCCUCUAGCCUCAGUCUUAGCCAAGCUCUCUCUCCAGCCUCUAGCCUCAGUCUUAGCCAAGCUCUCUCUCCAGCCUCUAGCCUCAGUCUUAGCCAAGCUCUCUCUCAGCCUCUAGCCUCAGUCUUAGCCAAGCUCUCUGUCCAGCCUCUAGCCUCAGUCUUAGCCAAGCUCUCUCUCCAGCCUCUAGCCUCAGUCUUAGCCAAGCUCUCUGUCCAGCCUCUAGCCUCAGUCUUAGCCAAGCUCUCUGUCCAGCCUCUAGCCUCAGUCUUAGCCAAACUAUGCAGAGAGACACCUACAGCUCAGGGAACACACACUCCCCAGUGCCUGAUAACAUUUCCCUCCAAGUGCAAGAAAUACACACACCUUUUGUACCAUGAUUAUGUUUACAGAAUAACCCCUGCCCUCCUCUUUCACUACUCCACCAAACAACUGUUGAUAGACCAAAUGCAUAACCAACUCUCUAUUCCUCUCCCUCCCCUCCUUUAUACCUCACUCUUUCCCUCCUUUAUACCUCACUCUUUCCCUCCUUUAUACCUCACUCUUUCCCUCCUUUAUACCUCACUCUUUCCCUCCUUUAUACCUCACUCUUUCCCUCCUUUAUACCUCACUCUUUCCCUCCUUUAUACCUCACUCUUUCCCUCCUUUAUACCUCACUCUUUCCCUCCUUUAUACCUCACUCUUUCCCUCCUUUCCACCACUCAGAGGAGGAGAUUAACAACAUGAAGAGUGAACUGGAGAAGUACGGAAUCCAGAUGCCCGCCUUCAGCAAGAUUGGCGGCAUCCUGGCCAAUGAGCUGUCAGUGGAUGAGGCUGCAUGUAAGCACCUAUCAGAUAUCACAGAGGGGCGGGACUAAGGGUCCGUUUGGUUGAGUGGCAGGACUUUGGUUGAUUUCAACACCUCUUUAUAACAAAUUCAAAAUGGUGUAAUAUUAUGUAUCCUUUUAAAUCUAUUCAUGGAAAUAUUACACACAUUUCUGGUAAUUGGUUAACUCUUCUCCUCCUCCCCUCUCCUCCUCUCUCCCCUCCCCUCUCCUCCUCUCCCCCCUCCCCUCUCCUCCUCUCCCCUCUCCUCCAGUGCAUGCGGCAGUGAUAGCCAUCAAUGAGGCCAUAGACCAGGGGGUUCCCGAGGGCACUAUGGCUGCCAUGCAGAACCCCAACGCCAUGCUGCUUCAGAUGAACACCUGCUCUGCCCAGCACUACCAGGACAUGCUGCACAGCGCCAAGGCUGAGAAGGUGGCCAACUCACGCAAACGGGUAUGAGAGCUUGCUCGAAAUACUGGAAUAGAGAAUGCCAGUAGCAGGGUUGGGGAUUCCAUUUCAUUUCUGUCCAUUCAGGAAGUAAACCGAAAGUCAAAUUCCAAUUGUUCUCACUAAUUCAGUUUACUUUCUGAAUUGACUGAAUUGAAUUGAAAUCAACCCCAAUCUUGGCUGCUGUAGUAAUAGUGUUUUCUUUGAAAAGUGUAUUUGGGUUUCUCCAGCUGUAUAGUUCCUGUAAAGCAAUGACCCUCAAUCCUUCUCCUGGCGAGCUGGACUACAGUAGUGUUUUGGCCCCAGCUAAGUGACAGCACACCAGAUUUUAAAUAAUCAACUGAGGGUCAACGCCCUGAACCUGCAAUACAUUGUUUCUCCUUGAGCAGCCUUGAGGAUCACUGGUUUAAAUGUACAAUGUUGAAGUCACAAAUCCAUGCAUCUAUGUGCAACAGAAAACUAAAAUGUGUGUAUCUUAUAGAGCAAGUUCAGGUGGUACCUCUCAGUUUCGGAGUGUUUUGAUCCGUUUCAUGCCUAUUGAACACUACCAUGAUGUUGCUGCUGCUGUUGCCCUAUCCCUCCUACUGUAGCUGGGGGAGAACUCAGACGCAGAGAGAGACGUCUAUGAAGAGCUCCUCACACAAGCUGAGAUCCAGGGCAACGUCAACAAGGUCAACUGUGAGUAACAUACACACCCACUUUAUGUGAUGAAUCCACAUGAGAAUGUAGACAUGCCUUUUUAAGUGUUUAUUGAGUUUGUAGUCAACAGACUCAAAAUGUCAGAUCUUACUUCCCUGUGCUGUUCAUUUUUCGAUUCACUGAAGUGAGUGAGUUUUGCCUCGAGCUGAUCUGGGGUCAGUUUUAAAACUGAUCCUAGAUUUGUACCUAGAAGAAACUCCACCCCAGAGUGUUCUAAUAGGUUUUUCUAACACUAUCCUCCCUCAUCAGUGACCAGUUCCCUGAGUGCAGCUGAGCAGGCCCUGCUGAGUAGUGAUGAAGACAGGUUGUACGAGGCACUCCGCUCCCAGGCUUUGGGCCUACAAGGCCUGCAGGCCCAGAACAAGGGCUGGUACCUCAAACAGCUGAUGGCUGCCCGCGAGGACAAAGAACAGGUACAGUAGGUGGAAUUAUUCCUGAUUCAUCCCACGUUGGGAAAUCGGGAAUACCAUUGCUUACAUCAGGGUUGUGUUCAUUAGGGCAUGCGACAGACAUUUGACAACGUUUUGAAACAGAAAAUGUGUUUGUUAUUGGACAAGGUGUUUCAGUCUGUUUUCUUCCUUUUGGUGCUUAAUGAACACAACCCUGGUUGCCUUUCCCUCCUGAUUUUCUAUGUGAUGUUAAGUCGCUCUGGAUAAGAGCGUCUGCUAAAUGACUAAAAUGUAAAUGUAAUGUUGAUCACCUCCCCCAUAUCUUAGAUGUGAGCAUGUUCACAGAUUUACACUGUUGAAAAUAACACUGAAUAUUCCACAACCCUGUUUUGAGUAGUUCCUCUUUCUUUGUCUUUCCCAGAAUUCUCCAGGGGAGGCGCUGACGAAAGAUGAGUUGCAGACUGGAGUAGAUGCAGCCAAUGGGAUUGCAGCAGGCUACCAGAAAAGUAAGCAGCAGUCACUGCUCGUUCUGGGGUGUAUUGUCCCCUUGGUACAGAUCUAGGAUCAGCUUCCCUCCCCCAAUCCUAAACUUAAAGGGCCAAUGCAGCUGCUUUUUAUCUCAAAAUCAAAUCAUUUUUGGGUAACAAUUAAGUGCCUUACUGUUUUCAAUUAAAAUAGUCAAAAAGAAACAAAAAUAGCUUCUAACAAAAAUAGCUUCUAAGCAAAGAGCCAUUUCUCAAGCAAGAAUUGAGACUGUCUGGGAGUGGUCUGAGUGGGGAGGGGAAAACUAGCUGUUAUUGGCAGAGAAGUUUGGAACUCUCUUUCUUAUUUGUCUAUUAACUAAUUUAGCGCCUGGUGAUGUCACCAGACAGGCCAAGACUCCAUCCCACCAACCAAAACAAGCUGAAAUUUCAGGCAGUCUUUUCAAACAGCUCUUACACUAAAAUGACAUUAUCAUAAUUUUCACAGUAUUAUUCCAAAUUCAUAUAUAUACAGCGGGGAGAACAAGUAUUUGAUACACUGACGAUUUUGCAGGUUUUCCUACUUACAAAGCAUGUAGAGGUCUGUAAUUUUUAUCAUAGGUACACUUUAACUGUGAGAGAUGGAAUCUAAAAUCCAGAAAAUCACAUUGUAUGAUUUUUAAGUAAUUAAUUUGCAUUUUAUUGCAUGACAUAAGUAUUUAAUACAUCAGAUAAGCAGAACUUAAUAUUUGGUACAGAAACCUUUGUUUGCAAUUACAGAGAUCAUACGUUUCCUGUAGGUCUUGACCAGGUUUGCACACACUGCAGCAGGGAUUUUGGCCCACUCCUCCAUACAGACCUUCUCCAGAUCCUUCAGGUUUUGGGGCUGUCGCUGGGCAAUACGGACUUUCAGCUCCCUCCAAAGAUUUUCUAUUGGGUUCAGGUCUGGAGACUGGCUAGGCCACUCCAGGACCUUGAGAUGCUUCUUACGGAGCCACUCCUUAGUUGCCCUGGCUGUGUGUUUCGGGUCGUUGUCAUGCUGGAAGACCCAGCCACGACCCAUCUUCAAUGCUCUUACUGAGGGAAGGAGGUUGUUGGCCAAGAUCUCGCAAUACAUGGCCACAUCCAUCCUCCCCUCAAUACGGUGCAGUCGUCCUGUCCCCUUUGCAGAAAAGUAUCCCCAAAGAAUGAUGUUUCCACCUCCAUGCUUCACGGUUGGGAUGGUGUUCUUGGGGUUGUACUCAUCCUUCUUCUUCCUCCAAACACGGCGAGUGGAGUUUAGACCAAAAAGCUCUAUUUUUGUCUCAUCAGACCACAUGACCUUCUCCCAUUCCUCCUCUGGAUCAUCCAGAUGGUCAUUUGCAAACUUCAGACGGGCCUGGACAUGCGCUGGCUUGAGCAGGGGGACCUUGCGUGCGCUGCAGGAUUUUAAUCCAUGACGGCGUAGUGUGUUACUAAUGGUUUUCUUUGAGACUGUGGUCCCAGCUCUCUUCAGGUCAUUGACCAGGUCCUGCCGUGUAGUUCUGGGCUGAUCCCUCACCUUCCUCAUGAUCAUUGAUGCCCCACGAGGUGAGAUCUUGCAUGGAGCCCCAGACCGAGGGUGAUUGACCGUCAUCUUGAACUUCUUCCAUUUUCUAAUAAUUGCGCCAACAGUUGUUGCCUUCUCACCAAGCUGCUUGCCUAUUGUCCUGUAGCCCAUCCCAGCCUUGUGCAGGUCUACAAUUUUAUCCCUGAUGUCCUUACACAGCUCUCUGGUCUUGGCCAUUGUGGAGAGGUUGGAGUCUGUUUGAUUGAGUGUGUGGACAGGUGUCUUUUAUACAGGUAACGAGUUCAAACAGGUGCAGUUAAUACAGGUAAUGAGUGGAGAACAGGAGGGCUUCUUAAAGAAAAACUAACAGGUCUGUGAGAGCUGGAAUUCUUAAUGGUUGGUAGGUGAUCAAAUACUUAUGUUAUGCAAUAAAAUGCAAAUUAAUUACUUAAAAAUCAUACAAUGUGAUUUUCUGGAUUUUUGUUUUAUAUUCCGUCUCUCACAGUUGAAGUGUACCUAUGAUAAAAACUACAUUCCUCUACAUGCUUUGUAAGUAGGAAAACCUGCAAAAUCGGCAGUGUAUCAAAUACUUGUUCUCCCCACUGUAUAUAUACACAAAAAAAUCAAAUAUUUAACCAUUAGUGGGGAAACUGACCCAAGAUCAGCGUCUAGGGGCAACUACCCUACUCUUCACUCAAUACCAACUGGUGUUGACGUUAUCCUCACCAUGACAUGGCCUGCAUUAGAACACUGCAGUUUACCCUUUAGUUACCCACAUCACUGGCUGUUUUAUGUUCCUGUGCUGAUUGCAGUAUGCUUAUCACAUGUCCUUUCCACAUUGGUUUUUAACAGACUGGCAUUCAGGCUACUUUGUGUUCCGUUUGUGGUUUUGACCCUUUGUCUCUCUCUGUGCUGUGUAUUUAAACAGAAGGUUUCGUUUUGAUUGUUGAAAUAUUAGCUUAUUUUUCACGUGACAACUGCCGCAAGGAUUGGGUUACAGUUCCCCUCCACCUCUCUUCCCCUACACAGAACCACUUGCUGAUUCAAUCUGUUUCCACUAUUAUUGCUACAGAACAUGCUCCAAAAAUACUUGUCACCCUGUAUCUCUCUGUGUCUAGUGUGUUAGUCCUCCUGUCUCUGUGUUGUGUGUAUAUAAUCAUGUUUCUCACUCUGUCUCUCUGUGUAUAUAAUCAUGUUUCUCACCCUGUUUCUCUGUGUAUACACUGGCUUGCGAAAGUAUUCACCCCCCUUGGCAUUUUUUCUAUUUUGUUGCCUUACAACCUGGAAUUAAAAUUUAUUUUUGGGGGUUUGUAUCAUUUGAUUUACACAACAUGCCUACCACUUUGAAGAUGCAAAAUAUUUUUUAUUGUGAAACAAACAAGAAAUAAGAAAAAAAAAAAAAUAGAACUGUACACCAGCGUGCAUAACUAUUCACCCCCCCAAAGUCAAUACUUUGUAGAGCCACCUUUUGCAGCAAUUACAGCUGCAAGUCUCUCAGUGGUCCUCUGUAGCUCAGCUGGUAGAGCACGGCGCUUGAAACACCAAGGUAGUGGGUUCGAUCCCCGGGACCACCCAUACACAAAAAUGUAUGCACGCAUGACUGUAAGUCGCUUUGGAUAAAAGCGUCUGCUAAAUGGCAUAUUAUUAUUAUUAUUAUUAUUAUUAUUAUUAUUAUAUUAUUAUGUCUCUAUAAGCUUGGCACAUCUAGCCACUGGGAUUUUUGUCCAUUCUUCAAGGCAAAACUGCUCCAGCUCCUUCAAGUUGGAUGGGUUCCACUGGUGUACAGCAAUCUUUAAGUCAUUCUACAGAUUCUGGGCUUUAACUAGGCCAUUUCCCCUUAAAGCACUCAAGUGUUGCUUUAGCAGUAUGCUUAGGGUCAUUGUCCUGCUGGAAGGUGAACCUCCGUCCCAGUCUCAAAUCUCUGGAAGACUGAAACGGGUUUCCCUCAAGAAUUUCCCUGUAUUUAGCGCCAUCCAUCAUUCUUUCAAUUCUGACCAGUUUCCCUGUCCCUGCUGAUGAAAAACAUGGUGUUCUCAGGGUGAUGAGAGGUGUUGGGUUUGCGCCAGACAUAGCGUUUUCCUUGAUGGCCAAAAAGCUCAAUUUUAGUCUCAUCUGACCAGAGUACCUUCUUCCAUAUGUUUGGGGAGUCUCCCACAUGCCUUUUGGUGAACACCAAACGUGUUUGCUUAUUUCUUUCUUGAAGCAAUGGCUUUUUUCUGGCCACUCUUCCGUAUAGCCCAGCUCUGUGGAGUGUACGGCUUAAAGUGGUCCUAUGGACAGAUACUCCAAUCUCCACUGUGGAGCUUUGCAGCUCUCUUCAGGGUUAUCUUUGGUCUCUUUGUUGCCUCUCUGAUUAAUGCCCUCCUUGCCUGGUCCGUGAGUUUUGGUGGGCGGCCCUCUCUUGGCAGGUUUGUUGUGUUGCCAUAUUCUUUCCAUUUUUUUAUAAUGGAUUUAAUGGUGCUCUGUGGGAUGUUCAAAGUUUCUGAUAUUUUUUUAUAACCCAACCCUGAUCUGUACUUCUCCACAACUUUGUCCCUGACCUGUUUGGAGAGCUCCUUGGUCUUGAUGGUGCCGCUUGCUUGGUGGUUCCCCUUGCUUAGUGGUGUUGCAGACUCUGGGGCCUUUCUGAACAGGUGUGUGUAUAUAUACUGAGAUCAUGUGACAGAUCAUGUAACACUUAGAUUGCACACAGGUGGACUUUAUUUAACUAAUUAUGUGACUUCUGAAGGUAAUUGGUUGCACCAGAUCUUAUUUAGUGGCUUCAUAGCAAAGGGGGUGAAUACAUAUGCACGCACCUCUUUUCUGUUAUUUUUGUAUAUUUUGUUAUUUCACUUCUCCAAUUUGGACUAUAUUGUGUAUGUCCAUUACAUGAAAUCCCCCAAAAAAUCCAUUCAAUUACAGGUUGUAAUGCAACAAAAUAGGAAAAACGCCAAGGGGGCUGAAUACUUUUGCAAGGCACUAAUCAUCAUAAUCAUGUUUCUCACCCUGUCUCUCUGUGGAUAUAAUCAUGUUUCUCACUCUGUCUCUCUGUGUAUAUAAUCAUGUUUCUCUGAUGUGUAUAUAAUCAUGUUUUCCACCCUGUCUCUCUGUGUAUAUAAUCAUGUUUUCCACCCUGUCUCUCUGUGUAUAUAAUCAUGUUUCUCUGAUGUGUAUAGAAUGUUUUUCACCCUGUCUCUCUGUGUAUAUAAUCAUGUUUCUCUGAUCUGUAUAUAAUGUUUUCCACCCUGUCUCUCUGUGUAUAUAAUCAUGUUUCUCUGAUGUGUAUAUAAUACUGUUUUCCACCCUGUCUCUCUGUGUAUAUAAUCAUGUUUCUCUGAUGUGUAUAUAAUACUGUUUUCCACCCUGUCUCUCUGUGUAUAUAAUCAUGUUUCUCUGAUGUGUAUAUAAUGUUUUCCACCCUGUCUCUCUGUGUAUAUAAUCAUGUUUCUCUGAUGUGUAUAUAAUACUGUUUUCCACCCUGUCUCUCUGUGUAUAUAAUCAUGUUUCUCUGAUGUGUAUAUAAUACUGUUUUCCACCCUGUCUCUCUGUGUAUAUAAUCAUGUUUCUCUGAUGUGUAUAUAAUACUGUUUUCCACCCUGUCUCUCUGUGUAUAUAAUACUGUUUUCCACCCUGUCUCUCUGUGUAUAUAAUCAUGUUUUCCACCCUGUCUCUCUGUGUAUAUAAUACUGUUUUCCACCCUGUCUCUCUGUGUAUAUAAUCAUGUUUUCCACCCUGUCUCUCUGUGUAUAUAAUCAUGUUUUCCACCCUGUCUCUCUGUGUAUAUAAUACUGUUUUCCACCCUGUCUCUCUGUGUAUAUAAUACUGUUUUCCACCCUGUCUCUCUGUGUGUAUAGUGUUGCAGGCGGUGGAGAGGAUCAACACAGCCAUCAGAGCAGGUGUGCCCGAGAACACGGCGGCAGAGCUGAUGAACCCUGAUGCCCAGCUGCCCGAGGUCUACCCCAGCGCUGCCGACCUCUACCAGAGAGAACUGACCAGCCUGCAGCAGCAGAGCCCAGAGGUAAGCGUAUACACACGCGCAUGCGCGCAGAGACGCACACAGACGCGCACACACACACACUCACCAUCUCAAUCGAUGUGAGCCACAGAUGGACAUUGUCAGGCAUUACAAGUGUAUUUAUGAUUGUACAUAUUACCAAACUUAUUGACAAUACAUCUAUAAAUAAAUGUUCAAAAAUACAUAUUGGUUAGCUAAACUGUCUGUAAUCCACAGGGUUCAACAUGGUUGGGCAUUAGAAGUCAACUGUAUUGAUGACUGUUAUUGCUAAUAAGUACAAUAUAUUGAUAAAUGUAUCAUCAAACAGAGGUAUUGAUUAGUUGAACGUUCUGGUUGUGUUCCCCAAGGGUUCUCUGUCCCACCCGGAGCUACUGGUUGCCGUGGAGAUGUUGUCGUCGGUGGUGUUGAUAAAUAGGGCGUUGGACGUGGGUGACCGGAAUUCCAUGUGGAGACAACUGGCCAGCGCCGUUACUGGACUCAGUAACGUAGAGGACGAAUACGCACAGAGGUACGCACAGAGACGGACACAGACACACACUUGUCUGUCACUAGUUGUGUAGAUCCUGCUGUGUGCGUUUGAAGAAAUCUUUAGGCCUCAAUCCCAAAUUGUGAAAGACUGGCACCAUCUACAGCAGGGUUCUUCAAUUCCGGUCCUGGAGGGCCGAAACACUUCUGUUUUUUAUUUCUACCUGGUAGUUAAUUUCACUCACCUGGUGUCCCAGGUCUGAAUUAGCCCCUGAUUAGAAGGAGAGGAUGAAAAACAGAGGUGUUUCGGCCCUCCAGGACCGGAAUUGAAGGACCCUGAUCUACAGUAACCUCAGAGAUAUUAAAGUAUAAAUGAUGUAUUAACAUGUGUUUUCUACCCAUCUAACCAGGUCAUGUAAAUGCCUUUCGUGUUUUUGUUGUUGCAGAUGACAACUACAUUUACGUUGUAGUAAACAUGUACGUCUGUAAUCCACAGUAAUUCAUUUUCUGGCACUCAAUAAAUGUCCCGGUUUAAUAUUGUCUAUUCAGUUGACUGGUUAGUCCAUAACUAUGAGGUUUAAUAUUGUCUAUUCAGUUGACUGGUUAGUCCAUAACUAUGAGGUUUAAUAUUGUCUAUUCAGUUGACUGGUUAGUCCAUAACUAUGAGGUUUAAUAUUGUCUAUUCAGUUGACUGGUUAGUCCAUAACUAUGAGGUUUAAUAUUGUCUAUUCAGUUGACUGGUUAGUCCAUAACUAUGAGGUUUAAUAUUGUCUAUUCAGUUGACUGGUUAGUCCAUAACUAUGAGGUUUAAUAUUGUCUAUUCAGUUGACUGGUUAGUCCAUAACUAUGAGGUUUAAUAUUGUCUAUUCAGUUGACUGGUUAGUCCAUAACUAUGAGGUUUAAUAUUGUCUAUUCAGUUGACUGGUUAGUCCAUAACUAUGAGGUUCGUUAUAAUUAGAAGAAAUUAGAUGGUGACAAUAAUUCCCAUGAAUUUAGGAUCAGCACUCAUUAACCCUGGUGUUGGUGUCUCAGGUAUAUGGAUGAAUUGAUGCGGCUGAAGGCAGUGGCCAGGGAGGAAGGCAGUGACUAUCUGACCUGGAACGACAUCCAGGCCUGUGUUGACCAGGUCAACUUGACCAUACAGGAGGAGCACGAACGUGAGUGGACCACAUACACUUGCAUGCACACGUACACACACACACGUGCGCAAACACACACACACACACACACACACACACACACACACACACACACACACACACAGGAAGACACAUGCACACACUUAUCAGAAUGCACACACACACACACAGCAGAACUCCACUUCCAAGACUUGUAACCUUCAAAUAGAUCUAGAAGAGAAGGAGACCAAUGUGAUCAUGCGUCACUCUGCCUCAUUUAUUUGGCUUUUCAAGAUCACUUCUCUUUCUGAUCUCUUAUCAUUAACUUGAUCUACAGUAUUGAACGCUAAACCUCCGUGUUCCUCAACAUGUUUGAUCUACAGUAUUGAACGCUAAACCUCAGUGUUCCUCAACAUGUUUGAUCUACAGUAUUGAACACUAAACCUCAGUGUUCCUCAACAUGUUUGAUCUACAGUAUUGAACACUAAACCUCAGUGUUCCUCAACAUGUUUGAUCUACAGUAUUGAACACUAAACCUCCGUGUUCCUCAACAUGUUUGAUCUACAGUAUUGAACACUAAACCUCAGUGUUCCUCAACAUGUUUGAUCUACAGUAUUGAACGCUAAACCUCAGUGUUCCUCAACAUGUUUGAGAGUCUGAGACAUUCCCAUAGAGAUAUACAUGAGAGCUCAUCUCCUAUCUUUAUAAUGCCCUCUAGUGUGACAUGGGCAGUGCCGUGAAAGCACUCGAUGGUGCUGCCCAUGCUAAAACAGGCUUUGGGCCAAGUGCACCCUGUAUCCAACUCUAUGGACAUUCCUCAUCAGUCUGAGUUAAAGAAGAGAACAUAAGGUGAUGUCAUAAGAUAUGUGUAGUUUAAAAAGAUAGCAUUACAUUGUCAAAAAUAGAUCUCUUCCACUAAUAGAUGGACAAUGCUAACAUAUGGGUUUUAAAGUUACCAGAUUGUAUCUUCUACCUUCCCAUAUCUAUGUCUUCAGGCUUAUCCUUGUGAUGUAUUGUAUGCCCUUGUGCUUGUGCUCAUAAAUGCUUCAAAUGAUUUGUCCUUUGCGGACAAUAAAGAUGUUGUCUUAAUCGUGUGUGUGUGUCUAGGUAUCGUGGCCAUCGGUCAGAUCAACGAAGCUCUGGAUGGGGGAGACCCACAGAACACCCUAGAAGCCCUCCUGCACUCUGCAGCCAAGCUAACAGACGUAGACCCCUCCAUCGCCCAGCACUACUAUGACAAACUGCUUGAGGCCCGCAGGGAGAAGGCACAUGUAAGGACCAAUUUAUGUAUAAACACACACACACACAAUGGGUGUGUUUUGGUACAGAACUGCUUGACUGGGUAUGUUUUGGCACAGAGCUGCUUGACUCAUGUCACACCUUACACACACUUUACGUUACGCACAAACACAUAUUACACACUCUCCUUUCUGCUUUUACUGGGACGGUGUCUUUCUCACCUCUCAUUGCAUUGUAAUGAACUGGACCAGUCACCUGGGUGUAGGUGUUAGACUUUCCUCCACUUUCUCCUUCUUUAUAGGCUUGUUGUCUCUCUUGUUUCGGAGUAUUACUGACUGAUGGGAGUUUGUCUGGUUUCGGAGCAUUACUGACUGAUGGGAGUUUGUCUGGUUUCGGAGCAUUACUGACUGAUGGGAGUUUGUCUGGUUUCGGAGUAUUACUGACUGAUGGGAGUUUGUCUGGUUUCGGAGUAUUACUGACUGAUGGGAGUUUGUCUUGUUUCGGAGUAUUACUGACUGAUGGGAGUUUGUCUGGUUUCGGAGUAUUACUGACUGAUGGGAGUUUGUCUGGUUUCGGAGUAUUACUGACUGAUGGGAGUUUGUCUGGUUUCGGAGCAUUAAUGACUGAUGGGAGUUUGAGCAUCAGUGUUGGAUGCCCUUGAAUUACAUUUACAUUUUAGUCAUUUAGCAGACGCUCUUAUCCAGAGCGACUUACAUGAGCAAUUAGGGUUAAGUGCCUUGCUCAAGGGCACAUCAACAGAUUUUUCACCUAGUCGGCUCGGGGAUUAGAACCAGCGACCUUUCGGUUACUGGCACAACGCUCUUAACCACUAAGCUACCUGCCGCCCACACUAGCAUAGAGCUAGCCCUGCAGAUAAUGUUUUCAUCUGAUGGAUGUUUUGACCUACAAUUACAGAAAAUGGAGAAGGUUUGAUGAAAAAACACACUUGACCCAACUAUUUACAUAUUAUAUGCAAAGUAGAAGCAGAUAAUUUGGUACUGUAGAUAUUUUCAACUGACAGACACUGUUUACAAUUGAGUAGAGAUGCAGUUUCUCGUCAAAGCAUCUGUUUGCUUGGUGAUGAAUAGGUCCCGAGGUCGGCAGGGGUGUGUUCGAGUGCACAAUGCUGUGUUGGGAUUAUGCAAACACACGAGGCACUGUAUGCAAAUAUAGCUAAUUUACAGUUACUUCACAGGUGUUUUUUCAAUAGGUUGUUGAGUGUAUCUCUAAGGCAGACCUUCAAAUAUAGUGCUUAACCUAUGUUUAAACUUAUGCUUAAUAAGUAUGGUCUAUACAAAUUGGCUACAUUGGUGUCAGAAGUGGGAUGGGGCUACCUUAAGGUCUACAGGCUUCGUACUAUAAGUAAAAAUGUAUCUAUGUGUAAGUUUCUUUCAAUAUAAGCGUCUGCUAAACAACCAUAAUAUUAUUAUGGUCAUGCGUAAAUAUUAUUUUUAGUCAGUGUAUAAAUAUUAUUUUUGAGUGGUGUUUUCUAGGCUGAUGUCCUGAGGGACAGUGGACUGACUCCAUGUGAUCCAGCCCUAUCAUCCCCACAUGACUCCCACUAACCCCCUCAGUGAUGUCAUGGUGUGAUCAUGCUUUCUGCUCCCCCGGCUGGUCCUGCUAACCCCCACUCAAUUCCUGUCUGUCUCGCACCCAUUCUUUUCUUUCAUUUUCAUUCUCUCUCUUUUUGACUCUGUCUCACCUUCCCUCUGUCUAUUUCUUUUCCGUCUCUUUAUCCCUCUCUCUUUCCCUCUCCUUUACUCUUCUCUCGUCUCGCUCGCUCUCUCUUUCUUUCUCUCUUCCUUCUUUCAACUUAACAAUAAAAGGACUGGCUAAAAUAGCCUUUAUGUACAGUAGUCAAACUGUAUAGCCCAAUUCAAAGCCAAACGGGCUGACAGAGACUAUGUCAGUCUUGUUACUGGGAAGUAGAUAACAAGCCAUAAACUCAUCAGACCUCACACACACACACACACACACACACACACACACACACACACACACACACACACACACACACACUGUCUCUGAGUCAUUUAACUGUGUUAUCUUGCCUGGGUGGGGUGAUGAGUGUCGUUGUUCUUGUACAUGCAUGUCUAUGUAAUGGUCCCAUAUAAUGUCACCGCUCCAGUCCCAUAUUUGGUUGUUUCCUGUUUGCUGGUGAAACAGAAAGGUUAACGAGACUGUAGAAGAUGCAGGUGGGGUGAAAGGGGUAAGGGCCAUGGUUUACCACAAACAAAAGUGCAGAGGAUGUGAACUGCUGUGGGGAAGACUGUAGAUUUAGAACACAGAAACAGAACCACACAGGGAAUUCACAUAUUAGGAAAGUGAUGUAGUUGUUAUUGGGCCGAAGCUUUAGUUUAGCUCAGUGAGCUGCACUUUCCACAGAAACUGUCUUGUCCUCGUUUUUAACCAGAAUGACUCGUCAGUGCUUAAACUUAAGGCCAGAAGCAUUAAAUAGAAAGUGUCCCACAGUGUAUCUAUUUCUCUCGCACUCACAGUUUUUCCUGUUUUAUAAGUUGGCCUAUAGAUAGAAAAGUAAAUGUGUCUUAUCAAUGUUAGAUGAUAGACUAGCUUGGCCUCCGCCCUCGUACUCUCAAAGCCAGGGAACGGGAGAAUGUUAUAAUUGUCAACAAUCGGCCAGUCACAUCUCGAGCGCUCUCGUCGUGGCAAUGUGGGAAUGUGACUCUCAUUUGUUUGCCAAGCCCUUUUUUUUCCAAAUCACGCUUUUAGGGAACGAGAGAGGGAAGGAAGGAGAGAGAGGGAGGAGGGGAGUGGUAGGGGGCAGUAAAGAAAGCAAGCCAUUUCCCUGCCGAUCUUUUUCACAGGCAUAGGAAAUAACAAGCCAGGACUACUCUGUCUGCUUCCUUAAAAGGGCACGAAGCCCAACACUACAUCAGAAGGGGACUUUUCACAGUAGAGUCAUUUAGUUGGUAGUUGGUUUAACCUGGGCCCUCUGGGGCUCUGGUGGCCUCAAUCCAUGGGUCUGAUAGCUGAGGUGAGGAUUCUCCUUUGUGGUGGGUUCGUGUUAGACAAGACAGACAGACGUACACUGAGUGUACAAAACAUUAAGGACACCUGCUCUUUCCAUGACAUAGACUGACCAGGUGAAUCCAGGUGAAAGCUGUGAUCCCUUAUUGAUGUCACUUGUAAAUCCACUUUAAUUAGUGUAGAUGAAGGGGAGGAGACAGGUUAAAGAAGGAUAUUUUUUUAAGUCUUGAGACAAUUGAGACAUGGAUUCUGUAUGUGUGCCAGUCAGAAGGUGAUUGGGCAAGACAAAAGAUUUAAGUGCCUUUGAAUGGGGUAUGGUAGUAGGUGCCAGGCGUACCGAUGUGUGUCAAGAACUGCAACGCUGCUGGGAUUUCACUCUCAACAGUUUCCUUUUGUGUAUCAAGAAUGGUCCACCACCCAAAUGACAUCCAGGCAUCUUGACACAACCGUGAGAAGCAUUGGAAUCAACAUGGGCCAGCAUCCCUGUGGAACGCUUUCGAGCCCAUGCCCUGACAAAUUGAGGCUGUUCUGAGGGCAAAAGGAGGGGGGUGCAACUCAAUAUUAGGAAGGUGUUCCUAAUGUUUGGUGUACACACAGCACACACACACACACACACACAGGGGUAGGGGUCAAAUAUGUCAAACAUCUUCAUUGUCUCCAAAGGAUCAAAUCCAUGACUGAAAGUCGUCCUCUAGGAGUGACUCCACUGCGGUGCAUUCAGAAUUGGAUGACUCAGUCAGACACACGGCACAGACACAGGAAGUUGUUAGAAACAGGAAGUUCCGGCUGGAUUUCAAAGGCCUGAUGCGGCUCAUGUGCUCCACAGCUGCAGGUGGAGGGGGUUGGUUGGGCAUGGGGAUAGUAGCAGAUGGGAAGGAAUGGGAGCUGUUGAAGGAGAAUGAACACAGGGGGAUAUUCAGUAUGGUGAAACUUUCAGAUCAUAUCUGGCUGUAUCUGUUCUAUUCUGUUCUGUAACAUCACGCCCUCCUGAACAGGCCCCAGGUUAAUACAUGGAAUAUGAUUUCAGAUCGUAGACCUAGAUCUAUACUUUUGUGCAAUGAUUCACUAGUGAAUUCUUAAGCCUUUUGGUGGACCAUAGAGCAAUAGGUUUGAGAUCUACUUUUGUAGACACAACUAGGUUUCUAGUGUGUGACUAUAGGGCCCUGUUCAUUAGAGCACGCCGCAGCAAAACGUUUGUAACGGGAAAAGGAAACAAGUGUUUCUUAUUGGACAUGUUCAGAGAGUGUGUCCCUGUUUCACUCCACGUCGUGCCUUCUGAACACGGCCCAGAUUUCUUUCUCAGACGCUGAUGUUUCAUCAGGGAGUAUUUUUAUAUGAUGCCAGACACCCAUGUACAGCCUGUGAUAUCUUUCUGUGCCAGUCUUGUGGUCUGAGGGUUCAGCUUGACUGCUUGACUGGCCAAAGUAAACACGGUGGGAGGACAAGCCUGGGGCUCCGUAAUAGUCCAACUUCAUCGCUCACGUCAUCAUUAAAGCAUGCACGGCUCUGUGUGUGUGUGUCCAUGGGGUGCAUGUGCACUCGCUGUGUUGUGAUGUUUUUAUGUUACUUAUGUAUAUAUUCACGAGCUGCUUUGUGACCACUGACUCCACUCUGAUGAUAUCAGUCAACAGCCUGGAAUAGAGGAGUUCCUCUAUAGAAAGACAUUAUAGAAGGGCAUGUAGGGACUAGACUGCAUUAGUGAGGCAAUGAUGGGAGGGUUCACUGGCUAAGAACAACACCCUAUCGGCUUACACUUCCUCUAUUCUGAUCAGGGGUCUGUUCAUUAGGGCACACAACGGAAAACAUUAAAAAAACCUAUUGUAAUGGGUAAAAAUUAAAUGAGCAUUUCAGUCCCUCCCUGUUUCAGUCCGUUUUCUUCCGUUUGGUGCCUAAUGAAUACGACCCAGCAGUUGUGUGUUUGUCAGGAGUCCUGAUUUAAUAAGAUACGUCCUUCUAAUCCCACCCCCUCCUCUCUGGCACCACACCCUUUCUGUAUCGCUUACCUGCCACAAGCUGCAAGGAUCAUUUCCAAACAAAUAUGAUUUAGCACUAACCCCUUAUUUACUGUCAAUAAAGCUAUUCUGCUACUGACGGAUUGAGAGCCAGUGCUUGCCUUAGGUACAGCUCUAGGAUCCGCUUCCCCACUCCAAUCCUAACAUAACCAUUUGUGGGGGAAAUACAAAACUGACCCAAGAUCAGCGUCUAUGGGCAACUUCACCCUGGAUUGUUGCUUGCCACUACCUGCCUGGCUGGCUUGCACAAGGAAUCUCACCUACCCUGAGUUUUGGUAUCAGUCUCCCCCAGCCCCCCUCCCCUGAAACACGGCAGGAGGAGGGAGGGGCAGGUAGGUGGGGGAGGCACAAAGAUGGGCCUGUCCUGUUGGCCUAUCAGCAUCUAGCCCUGCGCACUCCGGAAACCAGCACAGCUAGCAGAGAGAGAGAGAGAGAGAGAGAGAGAGAGAGAGAGAGAGAGAGAGAGAGAGAGAUCGAGAUAGAUAGAGAGAUAGCGAGAGAAUACGACUGCUCUAGCUCUCUCUCUCUCUCGCUCUCUCGUUCUCUCUCUCUCUCUCUCUCUCUCGCUCUCUUCUCUCUCCUCUCUCGUCUCCUCUCUCUCUCUCCUCUCCUCUCUCUCUCUCUCUCUCUUCUCUCUCUCUCUCUCUCUCCUCUCUCUCGCUCCUCUUCUCUCCGCUCUCUCUCUCUCUGCGAUCUCUCGCUCUAGACUCUCUCCUCUCUCUCUCCUGCUCUCUCCUCUUCCUCUCUAUCUCUCUCUCUCCUUCGCUUCUCUCGCCUCUUUCUCUACUGUCUCUAGCUGCGUCUGUAGCUCUGUGUUACUGUAUACUUAAAACACAGAUACUUGAGAAAGUGUUUUGAACUGUCAUGUCAUGGUUUCAGUAAGCUAAUGUGCUAAUCCAAUUGACUUGUGUUAUGUGGGUCAAGAAUGUACACAGGGAGGGAAUGCUGUUGUAGGAAGGUGGGACUGAUAUAGGAGGGUAUUGGAUACUUCUGCAACUUGGAUAUCAGACUAAAGAUGUAGUGUCUCACUGCCUUCUGUAGGCCUUUGCAAUAAGCAGGUGUUCAUUAUUGACUCUUCUAUUCUCCAUCUCCUGAGAUUGGAUUGGAUUUCUGUUGAUAUAAGUGGAAUGACCAAUGACCCGUACUUUCAUAUGGAAUUCUGUUCUAAGUUGUGUGGGCGUGACACCCUGUACUAGUCUAUAGAGUUGCCUUUCCUGUGGUCUCAUGCCAUUGUGGUUGGAUGCAAAUUAGACCCAAGUACUUUCAUUCAGCAGGAGGAUAUCGCCCCCCAGUGGUCAUUCAGUAGAAUGGCAGUAAAUAUGCUGCAGACCCGGUGGGUGUUGUUUUUCAGGUGAGAGUGACCAAGUGUGUGAGACUGACCGCUUCUGUGUGUGGUCUUCUUCCAGGAGACCCAGGACCCCUCCGCUGUGCUCUGGUUGGAUGAGAUCCAGGACGCCAUACUGACGGCCAAUAAGGAUACCCAGGAGGCCUUGCAGUGUAAGAAUAGUACACACCCUAGCUGUCCCACAACCACAGUUUGGGAAAUGGGAUAAAAUGCUGCCUUUUUCUCAGGGUUCCAAGCAGACCUGGGUUCACAUAGUAUCACUUGUUUUCUUUCAAAUACAUUUUAUUGACUGCCUGAAGUGCCAGAUGGGCAGGCCUUGCACAUUUGGGACUAUUCCAUUGGUUCCAUCAUGCCAGGCAAUCUCAAUCAAACACAGCUAAGGUAUUUGAAAGAACACAUACUAUUUGAACACAGGUUUGGUUCCAAGCUAUUUCUUGUAAGGAGAGCAUGAUGAAAUACUGAAAAGCCAAAUAAAAAAAACUGGAUAAAAACAGAAUGAUGAACUAUGGGAAUGAUGACUAAUCUCCAUUUCCCUGUUCCCUUGUCAGUCUCCCAGGCCAUCCAGGCCAUCAACGGAGCGGUGGACAGUGGCGAGGCGUCUCAGACCCUGGCUGCGCUGCGCUCCCCUGGGGCCGGCCUCUACGGAGUCACCCCUGAGUGUGCCCAGAACUACCAGGACGACCUGGCCAAGGUCAAACAGGACAAGAUCCAGGAGGGUGAGGAGGAUGGUCACAGUGUGCAUUCUAAAUGGCACUCUAUUUUAAUUUUUUUAUUUUAUUUAACCUUUAUUUAACCAGGUAAACCAGUUGAGAACAAGUUCUCAUUUACAACUGCGACCUGGCCAAGAUAAAGCAAAGCAGUGCGAUAAAAACAACAACACAGAGUUACAUGUUGGGUAAACAAAACAAAGUCAAAAAUACAACAGAAAAUAUAUAUACAGUGUGUGCAAAUGUAGCAAGUUAUGGAGGUAAGGCAAUAAAUAGGCUAUAGUGCAAAAUAAUUACAAUUAGUAUUAACACUGGAAUGAUAUAUGUGCAAAUGAGCAAAAUAAAUAACAAUAUGGGGAUGAGGUAGUUGAGUGGGCUAAUUUCAGAAUGGCUGUGUACAGGUGCAGUGAUCGGUAAGGUGCUCUGACAACUGAUGCUUAAAGUUAGUGAGGAAGAUAAGAGUCUCCAGCUUCAGAGAUUUUUGCAGUUCGUUCUAGUCAUUGGCAGCAGAGAACUGGAAGGAAUGGCGGCCAAAGGAGGUGUUGGCUUUGGGGAUGACCAGUGUUGCGAAAUAGGAAGCCGAUUCUCGAUUUAACUUUGGAUUGGAGAUGCUUAAUGUGAGUCUGGAAGGAGAGUUUACAGUCUAACCAGACACCUAGGUAUUUGCAGUUGUCCACAUACUCUAGGUCAGACCCGUCGAGAGUAGUGAUUCUAGUCGGGUGGGCGGGUGCCAGCAGCGUUCGAUUGAAGAGCAUGCAUUUAGUUUUACUAGUGUUUAAGAGCAGUUGGAGGCUACGGAAGGAGUGUUGUAUGGCAUUGAAGCUCGUUUGGAGGUUUGUUAAUACAGUGCCAAUGAAGGGCCAGAUGUAUACAAAAUGGUGUCGUCUGCGUAGAGGUGGAUCUGAGAGUCACCAGCAGCAAGAGCAACAUCAUUGAUAUACACAGAGAAUAGAGUCGGCCCAAGAAUUGAACCCUGUGGCACCCCCAUAGAGACUGCCAUAGGUCCAGACAACAGGCCCUCCGAUUUGACACAUUGAACUCUAUCUGAGAAGUAGUUGGUGAACCAGGCGAGGCAGUCAUUUGAGAAACCAAGGCUAUUUAGUCUGCCAAUAAUAACUGUAAGUGCAAGUAAUGAACACAAAACAAUAAAAGUAAUGUGUAUGACUGUGCCCCAAUGGCACCCAAUGCCCUACAUAGUGCACUACUUUUGACCAGAGCCCUAUGGAGGGGUAUAUACUGUAUAUGCACUAUAUAGGGCAUUGGGUGCCAUUGGGGCACAGUCAUACACAUUACUUUUAUUGUUUUGUGUUCAUUACUUGCACUUACAGUUUAUUCUACAAUGGAGUUAGUGCAAUAACAUAUAGGUUACAUUGGUAGUUAUAAUGUGACUAAAUGGCAUCAGCCAGAGCAAGUUAAUGUUCAGAGUCAAAAGACUUUCUGUUUCUAACCAGGAAGUGCAGAUAUAGAGGAGCUUGAUUGCUUGCUUUAGUACAACAGACAAGGUAUAGAUGGUUCCUUGACCGACAGACUGACAGAGCGAUAGAUGAAGAUAGAUAUAUAUGUGUGUGUGUGUGUGUGUGUGUGUGUAAAUAAAUUGGUGAGAAAUAUGUCCAUAACUCUGUGUGUGUGUGUGUGUCCAUGCUCCAGGUGACAACGGCAGUGACUGGAUGAAGCACUGGGUGAAGGGAGGACACAACUACUACUACAACCUGAAGAAAGGAGAGGGCUCCUGGACCGAACCUGCAGACUUCCUCCAGAACAACACCCAGCUCAACAAGGAGGACAUCCAGGUAGGCUAAGAGGAGACGGGGCGAUCUGGGGUGAAGUUUCCCUUGGGUACAGAUCUAGGAUCAGUUCCUCCUGCCCAAAUCAUAACGUCAACCAUUAGUGGGGAAAAUGCAAAACUGACCGCAUCUAGGGGCAAUUUCAUACAGGGCUUUGCCUCUUCCUUUCUGGCUGUAUUCAUUGAGGUGAAACAUUCAGAACCUUGCAGAUAGAAUUGUAAUGAAUAGAACAUGCAUGAUUCCCUCUUUUACAUGACAGACACCCAUAUCUGUUCUACGAAAUGCAUUUCUAUGUCGACGAUCUAACGCUGCACCCUCCAGAACAGGCCGCAGUACUGUGGUGUUGCAGUGAUUUAGCUUUUCUGGAGCAUGCUAACAGGCUAACCGCGCUCCUCCUACCACUCCCAUUGGUUUGAACAUAAUGCUAAUGCUAAACUCAUCUGUAGCUAAGCGGACAAGCUCAAGCCUUACAUUGUUUCUGCUAAUGCAGGCGAAUGUAUAGUUGAGAUCAUUGUGCACAACUCAGACUUUCAUGUAAAUCAUUCAAUGAUAUCAAUAGUAGUUAAGUGCAUGGAUCCCAAGUCUGAAUACCGUCAUGGUCCAUAUAGACUACUUUCUUGGUAUCCGUACGAUUAGGUGAAAUUCAAGUAGGUUUUCCUUUAGCAUUCUCACUUAACUCCCAUCUCUUUUGCUAAAAACAGAUACACCUUCCACUGCCACGCCUAAAGCUGUGUUGUUCAUAGUAUGUCAUUAUGUAAGUGGGCCUGUGUGUGACUGGCUCUCUGUGUUGUCAAUCAGUCUGUGGUUUCCGGGGUGACCACCACCUACAACCGGGAGCAGCUGUGGCUUGCCAAUGAGAGCCUGAUUGCCAAGCUGCAGGCUGGAUGCCGUGGCUACCUGGUGAGGAAAGGCCUGAAGGAGAGAAACAACUUCCUGAAAUCCCAGGACCCAGCCAUCACCACCAUACAGGUCAGAGGUCAAUCUCCUCCCUUCCUUUGGACUUGGAGUGAAUCUCAAUAAUAUUUCCUUGAUUCCUCACGUCCUUUCUCAUCUCCUUCUCAAAGUCCAUUGGAGCAGAAGAUCUGAGGUUCCUCCCCUUCUCCUCCAAUGUGCUUUGAGAAGGAGGCGAGGAGCGAGGGCGCGAGCAAUCAAGGAAAUACAAUUGAGAUUCACCCAUAGACAUUACACAUUUCACAGUACACACAACAUACACAACCCCAGUGCUACACAGCCGGUCCCAAAUCGUUCCCUAACCCUCCCCCUUAGCCCUAAGCCUUCGACAGUAUAUCUAUCCAGUUCUGCAAACACUGAAGGGUUAGGGCCAAGGGGAAGUGGUAAGGAGUGAAUUGGGAACUGCUGACAUUUUAAAGAAAACAUUCUACCACUUUAUUGCCAUGUUGAACUUUAAGGGCCGGUUUCUCAGACCCAGAUUAAGCCUCAUCUUGGACUAAGGAGCACUUACAAUGGUGAUUCUCCAUUGAGCAUGAUUUUUAGUCUAGGACUUAAACUGUGUGUGAAUCUGGCCCUAAAAAUGCCCUAUGCUCCUUAACACUGGUCCUGUAUAUUUGUCUGUCUAUCUUACAGGCUCAUUUUAGAGGCUACAAGCAGAGGAAGAUUUAUAUAAAAAGGAAGGAGUACCUGAAUGACCACAGCGAGGAUGCUGUAAAGGUAAUGUCUCCACCUACUGUAGGUGUAGCCCUCUUUUUAUAAUAAAACAACCAUACCUUGAUUGGUGGGUCCUGUUCAUUGGGGCAUGCAAUGUUCUAAUACGCUUUGGAAAGGAAAACAAUAAUUACCGUUGUCCCUCCCUGUUUCAGUCCAUGUUCUUCUCUUUUGUGCCUUAAUGAACAUGAGCCUGUGUUGCUGCUUUUCCUUUAAGUCUUACGUUUUUGGUGAACUUCAAAGCUUUUUUAGUAUUGACCUAGUUUUGUUUUCAGAUCCAAUCCAUGGUGAGGAUGCACCAAGCUCGCAAGAAGUACAGAGACCGCCUGAAGCACUUCAAGGACCAUGUGAGUUGAUUUAUUUAGAUCAUUUAGUUAACCCUUACUUUACAAGAUACGCAAGUAAUUUGAAUGUAUUAGUAUCUGGUAGUUUGAAUCCCAGAUUGAACAAAUGGUGUCCCAGGUCUAAAUCAGUCUCCGAUUAGAGGAAAACAAUGAAAACAUUCAGUGGAGCUGGCUUCCAGGUCCAGAGUUGAGUUUGAGGGUGAUAACUAUACUUCCAUUAAAUGAGUAUGAAUCUUUGACGACAGAGAAGUAGCUAGAAGGUCCAGUAGCUUGUAGAGUCUGGUUCCUGUCAAGGUUUCCUCCUCCCAGGGAGUGUUUCCUUGUUACUAUGCUCCUACUUGACUCUAGGCCAGGUAACAGCGAAGCACAUUGUCACUUUUGUGAAAAACGCUACAUAAAUCAAAUAGGAUUGAUUGAGGUGAAUUAUAGUUAUAUAGUGUGCCCAAGGCUGUCUGUUCUCUAGUCUGGUGUAAUCACCGUAUGACGUCACAUCUAACUCUUUAUAUCCUAGCCUGAUGCAUACAGUGACAUUAACUCUCUUCUGCUUCCCUAUGGGCCCUGGUCAGAAGUAGUGUACUAUAUAGGAAAUAGGGUGCCAUUUGGGACACAUCCAAUGUCUGUUCAGCUUAAUGAGGCUACUAGGCUAGAUGGCUCACUUACUUAACUGUGUACCCUGACUCACCGCAGAUUACCAACCUAAUGUUUACAUAUGGGCUGCGUCCCAAAUGGCACCAUAUUCCCUAUAUAGUGCACUACUUUUGACCAGAGCCCUAUUAAGGGAAUAGGGUGCCAUUUGGGACGCAGUCAUGUUAUUGAUCAGUGAAGUGACUGCUGUUUGCUCUGUUGUGGCAGAUCAAUGAUGUGGUAAAGAUCCAGGCGUUCAUCAGAGCCAACAAAGCCAGAGGCGAUUACAAGACACUCAGUGAGUAUGAUGAUGAUGAGAACCCCUCACCCACCACUAGCUUUCUCUCUCAAUACUGAGCCUUCUCUCUCACCUGUUCCUUCUUUCUGCCACAUACUGACUCCAUCCUGACUGAAACUCUCUCACUCACUCACUCAGUCAGCGCUGACGACCCUCCCAUGGCGGUGGUGCGCAAGUUCGUCCACCUCCUGGACCACAGUGACCAGGACUUCCAGGAAGAGCUGGACCUGAUGAGGCUCCGGGAGGAGGUGGUCACCAACAUCCGCUCCAACCAGCAGCUGGAGAAUGACCUGAACCUGAUGGACAUCAAGAUCGGCCUGCUGGUCAAGAACAAGAUCACCCUGCAGGAGGUGGUGUCCCACAGCAAGAAGCUGACCAAGAAGAACAAGGGCGAGCUGUCCAACCUGAUGAUGAUGAACAAGCAGAGAGGAGGCCUGAAGGCACUGAGCAAGGAGAAGAGGCUCAAGCUGGAGGCCUAUCAGUAUCUCUUCUACCUGCUGCAGGUACACUAGAUACUGUGUGUGAAUCUAUACACAGCAGGAGUAUACACACACAUGGAAAUACACACACACACACACACGGUUAGUAAAGCUGUACUGCAAAGAGGAUCCCACUGGCAAACAGCUGAGAAACAUAAAAUACUGUAGGUGACAGUAAGCUAGACGGACUAUCGAAACGGAACAGGAAAACAUCCAAUCUAACCGUAGUUAACGUGUUUCCUCCCUGCAGACCAACCCCACCUACCUGGCCAAGCUGAUCUUCCAGAUGCCCCAGAAUAAGUCCACUAAGUUCAUGGACUCUGUGAUCUUCACCCUGUAUAACUACGCCUCCAACCAGAGAGAGGAGUACCUGCUGCUCAAACUCUUCAAGACUGCCCUGCAGGAGGAGAUCAAGUAAGGAGCUAAUACUAGAAACAAUAUGAUUAAUCAAUAAGGACUGAGGGGGUGUGGUAUAUGGCCAAUAUACCACAGCUAAGGGAUGUUCUUAUGCACAACGCAAUGUGGAGUGCCUGGAUAUAGCCUUACUGUUAUUAUAAACUGGUUACCAACGUAAUUAGAGCAGUACAAAUAAAUGUUUCGUCAUACCCGUAGUAUACGGUCUGAUAUACCACGGCUUUCAGCCAAUCAGCAUUCAGGGCUCGAACAACCCAGUUUAUAAUAUAGUAUAUGCCACUUAGUCAUGCAUACAUAUUUCGUAUGGGUAGCCCUAGCGGGAAUCGAACCCACGAUUCUUGGCGACGAAGCGCUAUGCUCUACCAACUGAGCCACACAGAAACACUUAUACAGUCUAGCAGUGUCUCACCAUGUUCCUAACCUUGUGUCCUCAGAUCCAAAGUGGACCAGAUCCAGGAGAUCGUCACGGGCAACCCCACUGUCAUCAAGAUGGUGGUGAGCUUCAACCGUGGCGCCCGGGGCCAGAAUGCACUGCGGCAGAUCCUGGCACCUGUCGUCAAGGAGAUCAUGGACGACAAGACGCUGAACAUCAAGACGGACCCGGUGGACAUCUACAAGAGCUGGGUCAACCAGAUGGAGACACAAACUGGAGAGGCCAGGUGAGAGAGGAGGAGUCUGGGUAAUGGAGUUUAGAUGAGACUGUCAGAGAGGAGUUGGAGUUUGGAGUCAACUGUUCAAAUAUGGACAGUAUUAGAGCUGUCGUUACAAUUUUAGAGUAAAAUUGUAUGACUGUAUACCUUUCUCUCCUCCUCUCUCUCUCUCUUCCUCCCCCCUUUCUGUACCACUUCUGCCCCCCCCUCCCCCACUCUCCCCCCUCUCUUCUCCAACAGUAAACUACCCUAUGAGGUAACACCGGAGCAGGCUAUGAGUCACGAGGAGGUGCGCACGCGCCUGGAAGCGUCCAUCAAGAACAUGAGGACGGUCACAGACAAGUUCCUGUCCGCCAUCAUUGUCUCUGUGGACAAAAUCCCGUAAGUGUCUCUAGCUCUGCUCUCAAUAGAAAUAGAAUUACAAGAAAGGACAGAGCCCUUCAGACCACAGCAAUUUGACUGGAACACUCAUGGCUACACUCAAUAUGGCUGCCUGUCCACCCGUUACUGAACGUCAUCUUGAAUGGGAAUGUCCAUUCUAGUAAUUAUAUUUCUAUGCUGCUCUCUAUAACAGGGGUCGGUCCCAACUACUACGGCCCUCGAGUGCCGCAUGAUCUAGUAGUUCUCAACGUUGCCUUUUUAUCAACUGGUGAUUUAGACCUGAAAUCUGUGACUUUAAUUGAUCAAGUUUGAAAUGUUGUGAUGUUCUAAAGGAGAAACAGCAGACAUUAGUUUUAACCUGUGACUGUUUUUCAUCCCUGCUCUACAGAACAUGAACCAGCUACUGUGUGUUAGGAUGCUUAUCAGUUCUAUGAGAUAGGGUCACUUAUAUAGGGAAUUAACCCAUUAUAAAAACGGAAACAAAUUGUUCUUUGUGUGUGUCAGGUAUGGGAUGCGUUUCACCUCCAAGGUGCUGAAGGACACACUCCAUGAGAAGUUCCCCGACGCUACAGAGGAUGAGCUUCUAAAGGUGUCAUUCUAUCAGUCUUAUACCAUAGUCAACUGUUAAACUGCACUUUACUACUAGAGCUCUACUGUGCUCUACUCUCCUCUACUGUGCUCUCCUCUACUCUCCUCUACUGUGCUCUCCUCUACUGUUCUCUACUCUCCUCUACUGUGCUCUCCUCUACUGUUCUCUACUCUCCUCUACUGUGCUCUACUCUCCUCUACUGUGCUCUACUCUCUUCUACUGUGCUCUACUCUCCUCUACUGUGCUCUAAUCUCCUCUACUGUGCUCUACUCUCCUCUACUGUGCUCUACUCUCUUCUACUGUGCUCUACUCUCUUCUACUGUGCUCCAAUCUCCUCUACUGUGCUCUACUCUCUUCUACUGUGCUCUACUCUCUUCUACUGUGCUCUACUCUCUUCUACUGUGCUCUCCUCUCCUCUACUGUGCUCUACUCUCAUCUACUGUGCUCUCCUCUACUGUGCUCUCCUCUACUGUGCUCUCCUCUACUGUGCUGUGCUCUCCUCUACUGUGCUGUGCUGUGCUCUCCUCUACUGUGCUCUCCUCUACUGUGCUCUCCUCUACUGUGCUGUGCUCUCCUCUACUGUGCUGUGCUCUCCUCUACUGUGCUGCGCUCUCCUCUACUGUGCUCUACUCUCUUCUACUGUUCUCUACUCUCCUCUACUGUGCUGUGCUCUCCUCUACUGUGCUGUGCUCUCCUCUACUGUGCUCUACUCUCUUCUACUGUUCUCUACUCUCCUCUACUGUGCUCUACUCUACUCUCCUCUACUGUGCUGUGCUCUCCUCUACUGUGCUCUACUCUCUUCUACUGUUCUCUACUCUCCUCUACUGUGCUCUACUCUACUCUCCUCUACUGUGCUCACCUCUACUGUGCUCUGCUCUCCUCUACUGUGCUCUGCUCUCCUCUACUGUGCUCUACUCUCCUCUACUGUGCUCUACUCUCCUCUACUGUGCUCUACUCUACUCUCCUCUACUGUGCUCUCCUCUACUCUACUGUUCUCUACUCUCCUCUACUGUGCUCUACUCUACUCUCCUCUACUGUGCUCUCCUCUACUGUGCUCUACUCUACUCUACUGUGCUCUACUCACCUCUACUGUGCUCUCCUCUACUGUGCUCUACUCUCCUCUACUGUGCUCUCCUCUACUGUGCUCUACUCUCCUCUACUGUGCUCUCCUCUACUGUGCUCUCCUCUACUGUGCUCUACUCUCCUCUACUGUGCUCUACUCUCCUCUACUGUGCUCUACUCUCCUCUACUACUUGCACUGUUACCCUGGUGAGCUUGACUCACUAUCACCCUUCUCUUACUGAAUGUGGUUUCCUUCUCUUUCUCCUCCUUCCUCUCCUUACCUCCAUCUCUCCUCUCUCCCUUUAUCUCCUUCUCUCUUCCUCCCCUUUCUCCAGCUGUGCUCUCCUCCCUCAUCUUCUCUCCUCUGUUGGAACAUGUCUUUCUGUACUCCUGCUGAGACAAGGUGAGACACUCCCCUCUCCUCCUUUUCCCUGCAAACACAGUCUGCAUACCAAUUCUGUCAAAAACCUUCCUUCCCCUCUCCUCCUUUUCCCUGCAAACACUCAGGCUGCAUGCCAAUUCUGUCAAAAACCUUCCUUCCCUCGUCUCUUUUUCUCCCUAACUACUAAGCUUGAACCUCAAAACAUUACUUAACUUUUCAAGUCCAAGAUUAGUGGCUAUAAUGUAUUGCCUAUAAAGGAAAGGAGUCCAAGUCCACUGGGACACAGCAACAGUUUCAGUCAAACCCUAUUCCCUGGUGUCCCUUGCCAGGCCUGGUGUUGCAUGUGAUGCCUAGAAUAGGUACAGUACUGUAUCUAACGGUGUGUGUGUGUGUGUGUGUGUGUGUGUUCUCAGAUCGUGGGUAACCUGCUGUACUACCGCUAUAUGAACCCGGCCAUCGUGGCGCCCGACGCCUUCGACAUCAUCGACCUGUCGGCCGGAGGUCAGCUGACCACGGACCAACGGCGGAACCUGGGCUCCAUCGCCAAGAUGCUGCAGCACGCCGCGUCCAAUAAGAUGUUCUUGGGGGACAACGCCCACCUCAACCCCAUCAACGAGUACCUCAGCAGCUCCUACCAGAAGUUCAGGUGCAGUGGAGGACCGUUUUUAUGGGUCGUGUUCAUUAGGGCAUGCUAUGCUUUUACCACUGUCUUGUGGUAUAAAUAUUAUCUUGGUGCAUUUAAUACCCAUCCAAGUGUCAGCAUUGAAAUGGAUGCAGAUAAAAAAACACGUGCCAUUGUUGAUAAUUUGAAGGGGACUGGCAUGUGUUUGAGCGGUCAGAAGACAAUUGCACAAUCAUAAAAUCAACAGGAAAACGUGCUUGUACAAGCAAGAGUUAGAAUAUGCAUUGAUUUUCUUUUGAAAUAAAUAGAUCCAGCAAAAAUGAUGUGACACGUGAAUUUACACCCCACUUAAAUAUGGAAAAAAUGUCUGGAAAGUGGACUUCCUGAGGUGGGCGGGGCAUGUGCGUAGCUCCUUACUCUCCUUGUAUCUCUGUCACUCCGCAGGCGUUUCUUCUUGGCGGCGUGUGAUGUCCCGUCGUUGGAGGACAAGUUCAACGUGGAUCAAUACUCUGACCUGGUCACGCUCCAGAAGCCCGUCAUCUACAUCUCUAUAGGGGAGGUCAUCAACACACACACGGUCAGUCACACACACACACACACACACACACACACACACACAGGAAGGCAUGCUUGUUUCUGCCCUCAUAAAUAAAAAUGUAUACUCCCUUACACACUUAUCAUCUCAGUGAGUUUACUUUGUCUCUGUUGUGAAAAACCCACAAUAUACAUGCAGGAGUCAUUUCUACAAUUUGUGACUAAGUACUAGUGUAUUUGCUCAUAGCAAGUACCACAGAGGGGUAAAGUGAUAGUAAGUACAAGUGUAUUUCCUCAUAGCCAGUACCACAGAGGGGUAAAGUGAUACUAAGCACUAGUGUAUUUCCUCAUAGCCAUUACCACAGAGGGGUAAAGUGAUACUAAGUACUAGUGUAUUUUCUCAUAGCAAGUACCACAGAGGGGUAAAGUGAUACUAAGUACUAGUGUAUUUCCUCAUAGCCAUUACCACAGAGGGGUAAAGUGAUACUAAGUACUAGUGUAUUUUCUCAUAGCAAGUACCACAGAGGGGUAAUGUGUUUGGUGUUUUAGUUUUUGUUCCCAAAUGAAGCCAAAGACAAAAUGUCCACACUGUGUGGACAAUAAAGAUUUUCACAUUGUAAUGUUCCUGCUCGUCCCCCCCUCAGCUGCUGUUGGACCACCAGGAUGCCAUCGCCUCGGAGCACAACGACCCCAUCCACGAGCUGCUGGAGGACCUGGGAGAGGUGCCCACCAUAGAGUCCCUCAUCGGUCAGUACUAUAGAUAUACCAUAGAGUCCUUCAUCGGUCAGUACCAUAGAUAUUCCAUAGAGUCCCUUAUCGGUCAGUACCAUAGAUAAUCCAUAGUCCCUUGUCGGUCAGUACCAUAGAUAUUCCAUAUAGUCCCUUAUCGGUCAGUACCAUAAAUAUUCCAUAUAGGCCCUUAUCGGUCAGUACCAUAGAUAUUCCAUAUAGUCCCUUAUCGGUCAGUACUAUAGAUAUUCCAUAGUCCCUUAUCGGUCAGUACUAUAGAUAUUCCAUAUAGUCCCUUAUUGGUCAGUACCAUAGAUAUUCCAUAUAGUCCCUUAUUGGUCAGUACCAUAGAUAUUCCAUAGAGUCCCUUAUCGGUCAGUACCAUAGAUAUUUCAUAGUCCCUUAUCGGUCAGUACCAUCGAUAUUCCAUAUAGUCCCUCAUCGGUCAGUAUCAUCGAUAUUCCAUAUAGUCCCUCAUCGGUCAGUACCAUAGAUAUUCCAUAUAGUCCCUUAUCGGUCAGUACUAUAGAUAUUCCAUAUAGUCCCUCAUCGGUCAGUACCAUAGAUAUUCCAUAGAGUCCCUUAUCGGUCAGUACCAUAGAUAUUCCAUAUAGUCCCUUAUCGGUCAGUACCAUAGAUAUUUCAUAGUCCCUUAUCGGUCAGUACCAUCGAUAUUCCAUAUAGUCCCUCAUCGGUCAGUAUCAUCGAUAUUCCAUAUAGUCCCUCAUCGGUCAGUACCAUAGAUAUUCCAUAUAGUCCCUUAUCGGUCAGUACUAUAGAUAUUCCAUAUAGUCCCUCAUCGGUCAGUACCAUAGAUAUUCCAUAGAGUCCCUUAUCGGUCAGUACCAUAGAUAUUCCAUAUAGUCCCUUGUCGGUCAGUACCAUAGACAAAAGUAUUCUGUGUUCAUAUAUCAUAUAUUCAUACAUGUGUUCAUGUUAAUAUAUCAUAUGUGAAACGUAGAGAGGGCAAGAUGAGAUAAAGGAACAGGCCUAAUAAAUAUUUCCUAUGUGUCCAUGGUGUAUCUGCUCUGUUCUACCCCUUCAGUGAGGAAACCAUACAGUCUUCCAAAUGUCUCACCUGUCAUCUGUUUCCCCUCUUAGAGCUUCCUUCCACCCUCCCCACAAUUUCAUGUGUCAUUCACGUCCAAUGUAGAAUCCCAACUCCCUCUCCCCUAACCGUCCCCCUUCUCCCUCCAGGUGAGAGCCCCCUCCCCCCGGGGGACCCCAACAGGGAGACGAUGGGGAAGACGGAGGUGUCCCUCACCCUCGCCAACAAGUUUGAAGUCUCUGGAGAGGCCAAUGCCGAGAUGGACGCCAGGACUCUACUGCUUAAGUAAGACUGUAAUAUUUUUAUACAAUAAAGAAUACACCCCUUCCCUAGGGCUCUUGUCUAAAUCGGUCCUCUCUUCACCUCCUCUCCUGAUUGCUCUCAUCUGAAAGAACUGACCAGGUGUAGGCCAGCCUAAUGAUGAGCUGCCACCAUAUUGUUUUCAUCUGUCAAGUUUAAUUUCCAAUCAGUGCAGAUGAAGGAGAGGAGAUGAAGCAGAGGAGAUAAUGAGAGGACAGAUUUUUAAGCAAUUUGAUCCAAGGUGUUAGUUCAAAAGAAGGGCAGAUCAGUGACCAGAGUCCUCAGCAGUUUGUGCGUUCCCAGCUGAACCUCCUCACUCUCUCCCUUCCCUCUUUCUGGCCUGCUACACCAGACGUAGUAACCUUUGCAGAGCGUGAGACGCUCCUAUUCAUUUCAAUGAAACCUGGUUGUGAGUGCCGGCUCCGCGAGAGGCUCACGCUGCCCCACAAAAAAUUACGCUCUGGUUGUAUUUUCAAGAUUUCGACGCGCAGCUCACACCCGAGAACAAUAGCAUAAAGUGGCUUGCGCUCUGCUCACGCCGGCCAAAAGUUGCGCUUCCAUUGUAACAGCUAAAAAAAAAACUACUGUUGUCUCGACGCCCUAGAAUAGCUCCUAUGUCUCUUUCCCCCUAUCUCUCUCUCUCCAGCACCAAGCGGCUGAUCGUGGAUGUGAUCCGGUUCCAACCUGGAGAUACGCUAACUGAGAUUCUGGAGGGGGCUGCCAGUCCUGAACAGGUGAGACACUGGGGAGGUAGAGAUAAAUGGAGGGAAGGAAUGGGAGGGACUGAGGGAGAGAGAGUGACUGAGGGAGAGAGACUAGGGGAGAGGGAGACCUGGACAGAACUUGGCAGUAGAACUCCUAAACAGUACAGUGGGCUCCAAAGGUAUUGGGACAGUGACACAUUUUGUUGUAGUUUUGGCUCUGUACUCCAGCACUUUGGAUUUGAAAUGAGAAAUUACUAUGAGGUUAAAGUGCAGACUGUCAGCUUUAAUUGGAGGGUCUUUUCAUCCAUAUCGGGCGAACCGUUUAGGAAUUACAGCAUUUUUUGUACGUAAUCCUCCCAUUUUAGGUGACCAAAGUAUUGGGACAAAUUCACAUACAGUACCAGUCAAAAGUUUGGACACACCUACUCAUUCAAGGGUUUUUCUUAAUUUUUACUAUUUUCUACAUUGUAGAAUGAUAGUGAAGACAUCAAAACGAUGAAAUAACACAUAUGGAAUCAUGUAGUAACCAAAAAAGUGUUAAACAAAUCAAAAUAUAUUUUAUAUUUGAGAUUCUUCAAAUAGCUACCCUUUGCCUUGAUGACAGCUUUGCACACUCUUGGCAUUCUCUAAACCAGCUUCACCUGGAAUGAUUUUCCAACAGUCUUGAAGGAGUUCCCACAUAUGCUGAGAACUUGUUGGCUGCUUUUCCUUCACUCUGCCAUCCGACUCAUCCCAAACCAUCUCAAUUGGGUUGAGGUCGGGUGAUUGUGGAGGACAGGUCAUCUGAUGCAGCACUCCAUCCCUCUCCUUCUUGGUAAAAUAGCCCUUACACAGCCUGGAGGUGUGUUGGGUCAUUGUCCUGUUGAAAAACAAAUGAUAGUCCAACUAAGUCCAAACCAGAUGGGAUGGCGUAUCGGUGCAGAAUGCUGUGGCAGCCAUGCUGGUUAAGUGUGCCUUGAAUUCUAAAUAAAUCACAGACAGUGUUACCAGCAAAGCACCCCCACACCAUAACAUCUCCUCCUCCAUGCUUUACGGUGGGAACUACACAUGCAGAGAUCAUCCGUUCACCCACACCGCAUCUCACAAAGACACUGUGGUUGGAACCAAAAAUCUCCAAUUUGGACUCCAGACUGAAGGACAGAUUUCCACCGGUCUAAUGUCCAUUGCUCGAGUUUCUUGGCCCAAGCAGGCCUCUUCUUCUUAUUGGUGUCUUUUAGUAGUGGUUUCUUUGCAGCAAUUCGACCAUGAAGGCCUGAUUCACACAGUCCCCUCUGAACAGCUGAUGUUGAGAUGUGUCUGUGACUUGAACUCUAUGAAGCAUUUAUUUGGGCUGCAAUUUCUGAGGCUGGUAACUCUAAUGAACUUAUCCUCUGUAGCAGAGGUAACUCUGGGUCUUCCAUUGCUGUGGCGGUCCUCAUGAGAGCCAAUUUCAUCAUAGCGCUUGAUGGUUUUUGCGACUGCACUUGAAGAAACUUUCAAAGUUCAUGAAAUGUUCCGUAUUGACUGACCUUCAUGUCUUAAAGUAAUGAUGGACUGUCGUUUCUCUUUGCUUAUUUGAGCUGUUCUUGCCAUAAUAUGGACUUGGCCUUUUACCAAAUAGGGUUAUCUUCUGUAUACCCCCCAUACUUUGUCACAACACAACUGAUUGGCUCAAACGCAUUAAGAAGGAAAGAAAUUCCACAAAUGAACUUUUAAGAAAGCACACCUGUUAAUUGAAAUGCAUUCCAGGUGACUACCUCAUGAAGCUGGUUGAGAGAAUACCAAUAGUGUACAAAGCUGUUAUUGUAAAUAAGAAUAGAAUAUGUUUCUAAACACUUCUACAUUAAUGUGGAUGCUACCAUGAUUAUGGAUAGUCCUGAAUGAAUCGUGAAUAAUGAUGAGUGAGAAAGUUAGAGGCAUAAAUAUCAUACACCCCCCCCCCCCCGUUGUAAUGGUGAGAGUUUAGCAUGUCUUGCGUGGGUAUGAUAUUUGUGCAUCUAACUUUCGUACCCUGCACAUACUAAUGGACAAACAAACAAACCAAAAUAAAAGCUAAGUCUUCUCAUGCUAUGUUGAUUUCAAAAAAGCUUUUGACUCAAUUUGGCAUGAAGGUAUGCUAUAUAAAUUGAUGGAAAGCAGUGUUCGGGGAAAAACAUACAACAUUUAUAAAAUCCAUGUACACAAACAACAAGUGUGCGGUUAAAAUUGGCAAAAAACAAAUGUAUUUCCACAGGGCCGUAGGGUGAGACAGGGAUGCAGCUUGAGCACCACCCUCUUCAACAUAUAUAUCAAUGAAUUGGCGAGGGCACUAGAACAGUCUGCAGCACCCGGCCUCACCCUACUAGAAUCUGAAGUCAAACGUCUACUGUUUGCUGAUGAUCUUGUGCUUCUGUCCCCAACCAAGGAGGGCCUACAGAAGCACCUAGAUCUUCUACACAGAUUCUGUCAGACCUGGGCCCUGACAGUAAAUAUCAGUAAGACCAAAAUAAUGGUGUUCCAAAAAAUGUCUAGUUGCCAGGACAACAAAUACAAAUUCCAUCUAGAGACCGUUGCAUUAGCGCAUACAAAAAACGAUAUCUUCCUCGGGCCUAAACAUUAGCACCACAGGUAACUUCCACAAAGCUGUGAACGAUCUGAGAGACAAGGCAAGAAGGGCCUGCUAUGCCAUCGAAAGGAACAUAACAUUCGACAUACCAAUUAGGAUCUUGCUAAAAAUACUUGAAUCAGUUGCAGAACCCAUUGCCCUUUAUGGUUGUGAGUACUGGGGUCCGCUCUCCAACCAAGAAUUCACAAAAUUGAGACUGCAUGCAGAAUUCAGAAAAAAACUCCCUCGGUGUACAACGUAAAACACCAAAUAAUGCAUGCAGAGCAGAAUUAGGACGAUACCCGCAAAAUCCAUUGAGACGUUAAAUUCUAUAACCACCUAAAAGGAAGCAAUUCCCAAACCUUCCAUAACAUAGCCAUCACCUACAGAGAGAUGAGCCUAGUGAAGUCCCCUCAGCCAGCUGGUCCUGGGUCUCUGUUCACAAACACAAACAGACCCCACAGAGCCCCAGGACAGCUACACAAUUAGACCCAAACAAAUCAGAUAAUUAAUUGACACAUUUCAAAGAAUUAACCAAAGAACAGCGCAAACUGGAAUGCUAUCUGGCCCUAAACAGAGAGUACACGGUGCCAAAACCUGAACUGUAUAAAUGAUGGAAGCAGUGUCGGGGGAAAAACAACACAUUAUAAAACUGUACACAACACAAUGUGCGGUUAAAAGGCAAAAACAAUGUUUCACAGGGCGUAGGUGAGACGGGAUGCAGUUGAGCACCACCCUCUUCAACAUACAGUGGGGGAACAGUUUUAUACAGCCGAUUUUGCAGGUUUUCCUACUUACAAAGCAUGUAGAGGUCUGUAAUUUUUAUCAUUGGUGCACUUCAACUGUGAGAGACGGAAUCUAAAAACAAAAAUCCAGAAAUCACAUUGUAUGAUUUUUAAGUAAUUAAUUUGCAUUUUAUUGCAUGACAUAAAUAUUUGAUACAUCAGAAAAGCAGAACUUAAAUUGGUACAGAAACCUUUGUUUGCAAUUACAGAGAUCAUACGUUUCCUGUAGGUCUUGACCAGGUUUGCACACACUGCAGCAGGGAUUUUGGCCCAUUCCUCCAUACAGACCUUCUCCAGAUCAGUCAGGUUUCGGGGCUGUCGCUGGGCAAUACGGACUUUCAGCUUCCUCCAAAGAUUUUCUAUUGGGUUCAGGUCUGGAGACUGGCUAGGCCACUCCAGGACCUUAAGAUGCUUCUUAUGGAGCCACUCCUUAGUUGCCCUGGCUGUGUGUUUCGGGUCGUUGUCAUGCUGGAAGACCCAGCCACGACCAAUCUUCAAUGCUCUUACUGAGGGAAGGAGGUUGUUGGCCAAGAUCUCGCGAUACAUGGCCCCAUCCAUCCUCCCCUCAAUACGGUGCAGUCGUCCUGUCCCCUUUGCAGAAAAGCAUCCCCAAAGAAUGAUGUUUCCACCUCCAUACUUCACGGUUGGGAUGGUGUUCUUGGGGUUGUACUCAUCCUUCUUCUUCCUCCAAACACGGCGAGUGGAGUUAAGACCAAAAAGCUAUAUUUUUGUCUCAUCAGACCACAUGACCUUCUCCCAUUCCUCCUCUGGAUCAUUCAGAUGGUCAUUGGCAAACUUCAGACGGGCCUGGACAUGCGCUGGCUUGAGCAGGGGAACCUUGCGUGCGCUGCAGGAUUUUAAUCCAUGACGGCGUAGUGUGUUACUAAUGGUUUUCUUUGAGACUGUGGUCCCAGCUCUCUUCAGGUCAUUAACCAGGUCCUGCCGUGUAGUUCUGGGCUGAUCCCUCACCUUCCCCAUGAUCAUUGAUGCCCCACGAGAUGAGAUCUUGCAUGGAGCCCCAGACCGAGGGUGAUUGACCGUCAUCUUGAACUUCUUCCAUUUUCUAAUAAUUGCGCCAACAGUUGUUGCCUUCUCACCAAGCUGCUUGCCUAUUGUCCUGUAGCCCAUCCCAGCCUUGUGCAGGUCUACAAUUUUAUCCCUGAUGUCCUUACACAGCUCUCUGGUCUUGGCCAUUGUGGAGAGGUUGGAGUCUGUUUGAUUGAGUGUGUGGACAGGUGUCUUUUAUACAGGUAACGAGUUCAAACAGGUGCAGUUAAUACAGGUAAUGAGUGGAGAACAGGAGGGCUUCUUAAAGAAAAACUAACAGGUCUGUGAGAGCCGGAAUUCUUACUGGUUGGUAGGUGAUCAAAUACUUAUGUCAUGCAAUAAAAUGCAAAUUAAUUACUUAAAAAUCAUACAAUGUGAUUUUCUGGAUUUUUGUUUUAGAUUCCGUCUCUCACAGUUGAAGUGUACCUAUGAUAAAAAUUACAGACCUCUACAUGCUCUGUAAAUAGGAAAACCUGCAAAAUCGGCAGUGUAUCAAAUACUUGUUCUCCCCACUGUAUAUAUCAAUGAAUUGGCGAGGGCACUAGAACAGUCUGCAGCACCCGGCCUCACCCUACUAGAAUGUCUACUGUUUGCUGAUGAUCUUGUGCUUCUGUCCCCAACCAAGGAGGGCCUACAGAAGCACCUAGAUCUUCUACACAGAUUCUGUCAGACCUGGGCCCUGACAGUAAAUCUCAGUAAGACCAAAAUAAUGGUGUUCCAAAAAAUGUCCAGUUGCCAGGACAACAAAUACAAAUUUCAUCUAGAGACCGUUGCAUUAGCGCAUACAAAAAACGAUAUCUUCCUCGGGCCUAAACAUUAGCACCACAGGUAACUUCCACAAAGCUGUGAACGAUCUGAGAGACAAGGCAAGAAGGGCCUGCUAUGCCAUCGAAAGGAACAUAACAUUCGACAUACCAAUUAGGAUCUUGCUAAAAAUACUUGAAUCAGUUGCAGAACCCAUUGCCCUUUAUGGUUGUGAGUACUGGGGUCCGCUCUCCAACCAAGAAUUCACAAAAUUGAGACUGCAUGCAGAAUUCAGCAAAAAAACUCCCUCGGUGUACAACGUAAAACACCAAAUAAUGCAUGCAGAGCAGAAUUAGGACGAUACCCGCAAAAUCCAUUGAGACGUUAAAUUCUAUAACCACCUAAAAGGAAGCAAUUCCCAAACCUUCCAUAACAUAGCCAUCACCUACAGAGAGAUGAGCCUAGUGAAGUCCCCUCAGCCAGCUGGUCCUGGGUCUCUGUUCACAAACACAAACAGACCCCACAGAGCCCCAGGACAGCUACACAAUUAGACCCAAACAAAUCAGAUAAUUAAUUGACACAUUUCAAAGAAUUAACCAAAGAACAGCGCAAACUGGAAUGCUAUCUGGCCCUAAACAGAGAGUACACGGUGCCAAAAUACCUGACCACUGUGACUGACACAAAAUUAAGGAAUGCUUUCACUAUUUAUUGACUCAGUGAGCAUAUUGAGUGAGGCCGCCAUAGGCAGACUUGGCUCUCAAGAGAGGACAGGCUAUGUGCCCACUGCCCACAAAAUGAGGUGGAAACUGAGCUGCACUUCCUAACCUCCUGCCAAAUGUAUGACCACAUUAGAGACACAUAUUUCCCACAGAUUACACAGACCCACAAAUAAUUUGAAAACAAAUCAAAUCUUGAUAAAGUCCCAUAUCUAUUAGGUGAAAUAGCACAGUGUGCAAUCACAGUAGCAAGAUGUGUGACCUGUUGCCACAAGAAAAGGGCAACCAGUGAAGCACAAACACCAUUGCAAAUACAACCCAUACUUACUAUAUGUUUAUUUAUUUUCCCUUUUCUACUUCAACACUGUACAUAGCCAUAAUAACAUUUCAAAUGUCUCUAUUAUUUUGAUUUUUUUGUGUAAUGUUUACUGUUGAUUUCUGAUUGUUUAUUUCACUUUGUUUAUCUAUUUCAUUUGGUUUGGCAAUGUAAACAUGUUUCCCAUGCAAAUAAAGCCCAUUGAAUUGAGGGAGGGAGGGGGAGGGAAGGAUGCAAGCCUGUAAUAUUAGUUAGCAGCUCACAUACUAACAGUUGAUCCUGGUUUUUGAUGAUAUAGUUGUGCCCUAGUUAAAUAAAGCAGAGAGGGCACACCACUAAAGACUGACAGCAUGCACCAGGUUUAUAGUAGUCAACUGAGUAGGACUUCCUCUGGGUUGGGGAGGGAUCACUUGUGCACAGUAACCGUAUAGGGUGAAGUUGCCCCUAGACGCUGAUCUUGAGGCAGUUUAGCAUUUUCCCCACUACGGUUAAGGUUAGAAUUGGAGGAGGGGAAGCUGAUCCUAGAUCUGUGCCUAGGGGAAACUUCACUCUCGCGCACACUAACAGCAACACAUGACAUCACCCUUGUUUCCCCCCUCCCAGGAAGUGGAGUACCAGCGUGCUAUGCAACGGCGGGCCAUCCGCGACGCCAAGACCCCGGAGAAGAUGAAGCAGGCCAAGCCGGCGGUGGUGGAUGACAGCCUGACGCUGCAGGGCAAGAAGGACAAGAUCAGGAGCAACCUGCAGCGGCUGGCAGAGCUGGGCAAGGUGCACCCUGAGAACCGCUACCAGGACCUCAUCAACGACAUCGCCAAGGUACUGUACAGCUCGCUAGUUGAAGCUGUGUGUGUCCACCCCUAGAACCACUUCCAGGACCUCAUCAACGAUAUCGCCGCGGUACUGUGUGUGGGGGGGGUGUGCUAGUGUUUCUGUAUCUGUCACGUGAUGUGUGUGUGGUACUUAUCAUAUACGUGUGAUUAUGGAUGUUUUUGUAUAUGUGCCCCAUAAAAUAUAACGUGUGUGUUACAGGACAUCCGAAAUCAGCGGCGGUAUCGGCAGCGGAGGAAGGCGGAGCUGGUGAAGCUCCAACAGACCAACACCGCCCUCAACUCCAAGACCGCCUUCUACAACGUCCAGAUCGACUACUACAACCAGUACAUCAAGACCUGCAUGGACAACCUGGCCAGCAACAAGGGGAAGUGAGUGGCCUUUCUCUUCAUACCAGAGGGAAGACACUAGCCUCCAGGUUUGAGAGGUGGGCCAGUAACCGGAGGGAUGCAGGUUUGAAUCCCAGUGUUGACGGAGGAUGUUUUGUAUGCGAGUAGAAUAAAGGAUCAAGAGCUCAACUCGGAAUUCUUAUUACAAAAAUGUUGAUGGGUGAAGGGUUGUAAGUGAAUAAGAUAGACGGGGAAACCUGCACUGCAGAGGUCACAAAGGUUUGAGCCUAUUAGAGGGCUGGGUGGAGCCAUCAGCAUACUUCUUACAUCUGGGUUGUGUUCAUUAGGACAUACAUUAACAAAAUGUUACAAAACGUAACACGUGUUUGUUAUUGGACAAGUCUAGGAAGUACCUCGCCAUUUUAUUCAGUUUUAGACUGUUUUAUUCUGUUUCGUGCCUAGUGAACACAACCCUGAACAUAGAAGGGUUGCCGUUACAAAAGAGGGUAGGGUCCGGAAUGGAACUACCAAAUUGUUAUUGGUUCUAGCACAAGGCAACUGCAUCUCAAGUUGAGGAAACAUCCUUACAUGGACUGCUAUUUCCUCUGCUAUGUUACGAUGUGUGGCAGUGUUAUGGACAGACUCUCUCUCCCUCUCUCCCUCCCUCCUCAGGCUGUCAAAGAAACCAGGUGACACCAAGGCCAAGAAGAGUAAACAGGUGUCUCAGAAAUACACCGCCGCUCGCCUCCAUGAGAAGGGUGUGCUGAUCGAGAUUGAAGACCUGCAGACAAACCAGUAAGUUAAAGAUACACCUUGGAAGACCUGCAGACAAACCAGUAAGUUAAAGAUACACCUUGGAAUUACCUGCAGACAAACCAGUAAGUUAAAGAUACACCUUGGAAGACCUGCAGACAAACCAGUAAGUUAAAGAUACACCUUGGGAGAUCUGCAGACAAACCAGUAAGUUAAAGAUACACCUUGGGAGACCUGCAGACAAACCAGUAAGUUAAAGAUACACCUUGGGAGAUCUGCAGACAAACCAGUAAGUUAAAGUUACACCUUGGAAGACCUGCAGACAAACCAGUAAGUUAAAGAUACACCUUGGAUGUUUAGUUGAUAAUUGUUUACCAAAUGUUGGCUUGAAUGUUAGCUGUAUGGUAAAUAUGAUGUAAUAUGAAUACAUGUCUUAUCUCAUGACACCAUACAAAUCCUUAGUUUUAUGCAAACAAAAGGGUUAAUGCUUUUGCUCAGAAUGGGUGAGGGUAGCUGUGCCCCUUUCUGUCCUCUUUUAAUCAAUCAAUCAACCAAUCAAUCCAUGACUCUCAAUUACAAAUCUGAUAAACCAAAAACACACUUUCAUGUAAACAUUUUAAGUCAUACAAUCGACUGCGCCGAGACAUCAGAUCCAGUUGCCAGUUUUUUGGUAACCAAGCCGUUAACCAAGAGCAUGAACAUUAAGCUCUCUAGCCAAUGGCUACACACAGAGAAUUUGUGUCCGAAACAUCCGGUUUGAGACAGCUUUUAUUUUAAUGGGAGUCAUCUGUUGACAGAUGAUGGACGGCGGAGAUGUUUGUCUGAUUAAAAAAACUCACAAAUUUCGCUCUUUUAUUGAUGCAACUCGUACGAAAAUAAUUGACUUGAGUUGAACUUUUGACGGUCAAAAACGAACAAUUGAUGAAAACCUAUAAGAUUUAAUCUGUGUGGCCGUAGCCUAUAUCUAUAUAUCUCACGCAUAUUUGCAUAUACAGAACUUACUACUUUGGCACUGUACCCAUACCUGCCCGUAUAAUUCCCAUACCUGCAUAGUGACACACACACACAUACACCCACCCACCCUGACCGAGUGGGCACCUGUUCAGAGACUACACCAACAUGACACACUGUGUACACUCCCAUCCCACCCCACCCCUACACAGGUUUAAGAACGUUAUCUUUGAGAUCUCUCCGUCGGAGGCGGUUGGAGUGUUCGAUGUGAAGGCCAAGUUCAUGGGAGUGCACUUGGAGACGUUACAGUUGGAAUACCAGGUAUAUAUACUGUAUGAUUGAAUGAAUUAAUGAAUGAUGUACAGUGAUGCAGGAAUGUGAGAAAGAAGGUGGUGGUCAAAUGGGAUUUUAUGGUUUGUUGAUAUUUCUGUUGUCUGUUUUUAUACUUUUUGUAAUGAUUCCUUCUCACUUUCUCUCUCUCCUCCUCUUCAUCCCUCUCUUCCUCUCCCCCCUCUCCAUCUCUCUCUCCAUCUGUCUCUCCAUUCUACCCUCCCUCUCUCCUCCCUCCUCCCUCAAUCUCUUCCUUCUCUUCUCUCUCCCAGGACCUCCUGCAGCUGCAGUACGAGGGUGUGGCUGUGAUGAAGCUCUUCGACAGGGCCACCAUCAAUGUCAACCUGCUCAUCUUCCUGCUCAACAAGAAGUUUUACGGAAAAUAGAUGGAUGAGACGGGGAGAGAGAGAGGGAAGGAGAGGGGGCUACAGACACUGUUGAGAACAGAACAUCUAACAGAGAGGGCCUUUGCCCCAUGCUGUCUUAUCUUAGCUCGGUUUCCCCCUCUUCCGCACUACUUUAAGUAUGCAUUCAUUAUGUGCCUUAUUGAGAUGGAAUAUUCACCGUACGGUAUGUGCCUUAUUCUCCAAGGAAAAGUCAUCCGGAAGCCUGCUGGAUGCUCCAAGUGUAUCCUAGUCGGGAUCCAGAGUGCGUGAUCCAGAGUGCUUGUUGCGUUUUGUGUUACUAUGUUACUGUAAGGCGGUCAAAGGUAUAAGAUAGGGAUUUGUCUGUGUCAGGCGCUCGUUUUCCGGUUAUUUGAAACACAGUUCAAGAGUUGCAUGUUGAUGACAUCACGCAAGCAAUUUUGUCAUACAGUAUAGCUUUAAGAAACUUGCAAAUCCACUAUUGGCAUAGGAAAUAGCCUUUCAAGAGUAGAGACUAAACUGAACAAUCAAUGUAGAAGAGAUGUUUUAUCAUGCUUUGUGUUAAAUAAAUUUAUAAAUCGAAAACUGUCCUUAUUUAUUCAUGUUUAAGUGUUGUGAGUCCUCCAAGUAUAGUUAACAUUACUUCCUUUUAUUUUCCUUUAAGGAGCAUAGUUGUAUCAGAGCAAAUCACGUUUCAUAGUUCUUUAGUCACACAUUCAUUAUUAAUUGAAAAUACGGUGACUUCAGUUUUUUUUACUGCGUUAACCACUCUAAAGGAAACCGUUCAUACACUCCAGUCUAGAGUGCAGUAUUAUAUAAUAAUGAAGAGAGAUAUGCUUUAGGUUCCAGUAGAUGUCACUCACUGUACACUAAACAAACCGUCUCGGCACAGAAUCCUUAUGACAAUUAGUUCUAUUUCAGAAGACUGGAAAGCGUGAUAUACAGUACUGCCUUCUCACAAUUGUUUUGAAAUGUUUUUGUUUUUUAAACCAGUGUACCCUUGUAUUGAAGUUAAUUUACACUGGGCCUAACCAGGAUAUAGUUAUCUAGGAGCCUAUGUUCUUUCUGUGCUAUGUUUUGCCCGUAGUCCAUAGAAUGUUUUACAUGUUAUAAAAUUAAUAAAGCUUUAAUAAUGCAUUAUGUCAUUUAUUUCAAUUUUAUAUCAUCCACAAGUAAUUUUUCUUGUGAGAUAUGUAUUACCAGUGACACUUUAUAAUAACAUUCAUUAAGAUGCUUAAAUGCUUUUUAAAUGAUUUAAAUGCUUAGAAUACUUACACAUGAUUAUACAAUUUAAUGUUCAUAAAAGGUGGAAUACACAUUGAUUACUAUGCACACUAUUUAUGAAUAGUAAAUUGACUUUAAGGGAAGGUUUCCCAAAACCAGAUCCAGCCUAGUCCUGGACUAUUCAGGAUUACCCUAAUCUCUGUCUGGGAAACUGG